AGAUAAAGGAGGAGAAAACCCCGGUGGUCACGGCCGUCCCUCCACCUCCUCUGUCAGCUGUGCCGGGCGGUUUCCUCAAACAGCUGGUCAGAGAGACGGAGAAGGAGACCAAACAGAAGGAGCCAGAGGUCAAAGACGAGAGAACAGUAAGAGGGUCAUUUUUUAGGAAAGAUCUGGAGGACAUUUUUACCAGAAAAUUAAAAUUUCAAACUUCUUCCUUUUUUCUGUUUCCACAGCAGGUAAGCAAGUUAAGCGAUAACCUGGUCCAACAGUUCCUCACCCCGGACCAGACUCCACCCAUUCUGGAGGCUGAGAUGGCACUCCGAGCCGAGCAGCUGAUCAACACCACCAAACAAGGACGCAACUCGGCCCAGUCAGACAGAUCCCCGACUCAGAUGCUCAUCGUCACCCCAGAACAGGAACCCAGACAGGUGACACCAGAGCCGCCAAAGAGGCAACAGUCUGACGUCACUCCAGAGAAAGGCCUGAGGAAGGGGACGGAGGACAAGCAGGAGAAGGAAAGGAUAGAGAAGGUGAAGCAGGCAGAGAAGAAAGGGAAAGGGAUGGAGGAGAGGCAGGAGCCAGAAGGACAGCAGGCAGACACCACGGUUACAGAGCCACUCAGAGAGGUAUGUAUGAAAAGGUGUCUGCUGGUGUUCCUCAGGGUUCUUCCUCAGUUCCUUUUCUGUUUACCAUUGAUCUACCUCCUCCUAGUUUCAGCGUCUGUAAAUUAACAUUUUCAGACUUUUGUGGAUGACUCCCAGCUCUGCAUGACCCCUCCUGUCCUCUGUCCUCUCUGCAUGAAAUCCAAUCCUGUUUUCUUCUGGAACUUUCUCAAACUGAACAGAAAUAAAAUCAAAGUUUCCCUCAUCAGAACCAAAUCCACUCUUAGGAACACAAAAACUUUUUUUUCUCAUUAUUAAAACUCUGAAGUUUCUUAGUGAAGAUUUUCAGAUCCUGUCUGGAAUCAGAUCUUUUAAACUUGAGAUUCAUCGCUCUACCUCUUUCUGUUGAUUUACACACUUUAUUUUGACUUAUUGAUUUUAUUUAUUGAUUUUUCUUUUUAAAAUUCUGACUUGUUGGGUGACCAUAGGUGUUAAACAAUGACACACUUCCUGUCCUUUCUUUUCAAUAUUUCCUUUCCUGUUUCUUUCCAUUGCUAUCUUCCUCUCUUCUCCUUUCUUUUUCUAUCUUCCUCUCCUUUUCUCUCAUUUCCUUUCCUAUCUUUCUUUCCUCACAUUUCCUUUCCUACCUUCCUUUACUUACAUUUCCUUUCCUAUCUUUCUUUCCUCACAUUUCCUUUCCUACCUUCCUUUACUUACAUUUCCUUUCCUAUCUUUCUUUCCUCACAUUUCCUUUCCUAUCUUCCUGUCCUUACAUUUCCUUUCCUAUCCUAUUCUUUCUAUAAUCACAUUCCUUUUCUUUCCUAUCCUCUUUUUUUCUAAUUUCCUUCCCUUUCCUUUCCUUCCUGUGCUCUCAUUUCCUUUCCUUUCCUUUUCUCACAUUUCCUUCCUACCCACUUUUCUCAUAUCUAUUCCUAUUUCCCUUUCUUCUCAUUUCCCUUUCUUUCCUUUUCCUCUCUUUUCCUAUUUCCUACUCCUCUUAUUUCCUCUUCUCAUUUAAUUUCCCUACUCUUUCUUUUGCUGUCAUAUCCUUUUCUAUCUUCCUUUUCUUUUCUCUCCUUUCCUAACUUCUUUUUCUUACAUUUCCUUCCUUUCCUUUCUUUUCCCGUCUUCUUUUUUCCUUUUAUUUCUUUUCUAUCUUGCUUUUCUUUUUCUCUUGUUCCUUUCCUUUCCUAUUUUCUUUUCUUACAUUUCCUUUCCUUUCCUUGUUCCUUUCAUAUCAUUCCAUUCCUUUCCUUUCCUUUCUGUUUUUUUCUCUUAUUUCUUUUUCUAUCUCGCUUAUCCUUUUCUCUUCUUUCCUUCUCUUUCCUACCUUCCUUUUCUUACAUUUUCUUUCCUUUCCUUCUUAUGUUCUCAUUUGGUUUCGUUUCCUUUUCUCACAUUUCCUUCCUACCCUUUAUCUCAUAUCUAUUUCUAUUUUCCUUCCUUAUUUUCCUAUCUUCCUUUUUCUCCUUUCCUUACUUCUUUUUCUUAAUUUUCCUUUCUUUUCCCCGUUCUUUUCCAAUCUCUUCUUUCCUUUCCUUUCUGUUCCUUUCCUUUCCUCUUUCCCCCUCUUAUUUCCUUUUCUAUCUCACUUUUCUUUUUCUCUCUUUCCUUUCCCUUUUUCUUUUUUCUUACAUUUCCUAUCCUUUCCUUCCUAUGCUCUCAUCUCUUUUUCUUUCCUUUCUCUCAAAUAUCUUCCUUUUUUCUUUCUUCUCAUUUCCCUUCCUUUCUAUUUCCUUUCUUUUUCUAUUUUCCUACUUCUUCUUAUUUAUUUUCCUUUCCUUUUCCUUUGCUCUCAUUUCCUUUCCUAUCUAUUCACACCCUUUCUAUCUUUUAUAUAUCUUCAUUUUUAUUCUAUACCUUGUCUUUAAUCAAAAUUUUAUAUUCAGAAUUUGUUUUUUCAUGAGUCGUUAAACCCUUGACUUCAUCAGACGCUGAGAUUUUAUUCAUUAAAUGUGUUUUUCUUUGAUUUUAAGAAUAUGCUCUGGCCUUUUUCACGACUUUUAAUAAACUUAAACUUUUCUUCACCGUUUUGACUCUCACAGCUCCUCAGAGUUUCAUUUCUGUCUCUCCUUCAGACUAGAGAUGUGUGGUACGAGGCUGGAACGGUUUGGUACGUCCACAAGGACGGUUUCACUCCAGGUGAGUCAUAAACACACAGAGGAGCUGUACUUUCUGACUUCAUAUUAACACGUUUGCUUCUUAUAUGAGUGCUUUAUUUAAUAUUUUUGGUCUAUUUAUGGAUAUUUUUGACAUUAAUGAUAUUUCUAUAGUUAAACUUUGAAGGUUUCUGAGUCUAAUUUAAUGAUUAUGUCUAAAAAUAAGAAGAAAACUAUGUUAAAUUUAAAGAAGACCAACAAACACAAACUUUAAAAAGUCAGGUGUUCCUCUUUAUGAAUUUAAAAACAUCAACCUCCAGGUGUGUCAGUGAAAAUAGACAGAUAAAUCUAUCUUUUGUGGUUAGUAGAAACAUUAAAAUAAUCUCAUGGUAUGGAGGCCGUGGCGUGUGUGUGUGUGUGUGUGUGUGUGUGUGUGUGUGUGUGUGUGUGUGUGUGUGGAUUAGUAAAGUCCUCUGAUAAUCUCUGGUAAUCCUUCAGCCUGUUAUUUCACCUCCACAUCAUGUUACACGUCAGUUACAUCAUGUUUCUCCUGAAUCCAGCUGUUCUUUUGAUCCAGCUGGUUAUCACAUCCAUCAUCCCAUCCAUCCGUCUAAUUACUGCUCUUUCAAAUCCCAUCAGAGCUGACCCCUGACUCUGCUCCUUUACAUGCAGGGAUCAGAGAAAAUGCAGGAAAGAUCAGAUUAAAAUUCAACUAUACACAGCAGAGAGGGAAAGUAUACUGACUGAACUAACGAAACAAAACCACUGACUGCAGGUCCGAGGGAAACGGUGCCUGUUCUGGUUCUAGCAAAGACCCAAUUUAUUAUUUUAGAUCAACAAAAGAUCUAUGUUAUAAUCUUUCACAUGCAUAAAUGGAUGUUUGAUUAUUUCAGCCACACAGCUAAAACCAGACGAGGGCACACCUGAGCUCCCAGAAGGCCGAGUGAGAGUCCGACUGCAGACCGAUGGAUCUCUGCACGAUGUCACCGAGUUUGAGAUUGAAAAGGUACAAAUUUGUCUUAUCUGGUGAUUUAAAGGUGGGGUUAUCAGGAUCUGAGGAAGUUCCAGUUUUUGGGAGAAAUCUUGAAUGUAAACUCUACCCCUCCCAACCAGUUUUCCCCUCAGCUCCUCCUCUCCCCUCCCUCUCUGCUCCAGCAAGCCCCGCCCACAAACAGACACUCCUACUCGAUUGUAUCUUUCCAAUUAAAUUCAGAUAUAAUGCAGAUAAAUACUUUAGAUUAUUAAAAAAUAGGGCCCAGUCAACAUGAACGUAAAAAGCAUUGGUGCUACUGUAGAUGCCAACAGAGUACCAGCAAACACAAUGUUUUCAGGACUUCUACAACUAGGAUAAAGUGACAUAGUCCAGGACCAGAGGUCAACAGUUAAACACGCAGCAGGUCCCGUUUGACAAGAAACACUUCUGUUACAGACACUUGGCUUACUUUGUUAAAGUGGUUUACCUGUCCAGCAGAAAGGUUACAGGGUCCAUAAGCGUCCCGAAGCAUCCCCCAUCAUUUAUGUUGACCUGGCUUCUUAGCUCUUGUCCAGUCUACCUUCUUUUUAAGCGCCCAUUAUUCCGCCAGAGUCUCCGGUAUUUAUUUUGUUUUCUUGCUUGUGUUUUCUGUACUCACUGGUUGAUUUCAACUAGGUUCAUGCACGUUAUUCAAGGACGUGGAGUGUGCCUCACAACAUGAGAGAGCAGCGUCUACCCCACAACCAAUCAGGUCGGGGAGGUGGAGAAUGGCUUUGUUUACAGUCAGAAAGAGCGGACCGCUCAAAAAAUGUAAAACUGUUGACUACACAGACAUAAUCCAGCGAGCAUUUUGAGGUUGAUUAUACGUCUGAUAUACGUCUAAAUUUAGACUAAACGUCUAGUCUAAAUUUGGUAUAACAGAGGUAUAGAAAUGAAAGUUUUUUCAACGUCGAAAUUUAAACGUCGUUUAAACGUUUCGAUUUAUACGUUGUUUAAACAUGUUUGUUCUACAUUGUUCCGUCUAUAACGUUGAAAUGAUGUCCAAUAGACGUUUUCAUUUAAACGUCUUUAUGUUAGACGUUCAUGCUUUUACCAAAUAUAAACCCAGGUAUAGACAUAGAUGUUGAUUAAACGUUUAUUAGACAUCUGGUCUAAAUCCGGCAACCCAGCGGGGACUGGGCGAGCCUCCCCGCGCGCAGACGGUCCCGGCAGCGGCAGCCGCUGGAGCCCGCGGGUCCCCAGUCAGCCUACGGCGCUGACCAAAUGAAUCUAUUGAACUUUCAUUUCUAUACCACUGUUAAACCAUUUUUAGACUACAGGUCCAAUGGACGUCUAAAGGCACAAUCGUUUCUUGUAAAUUUUUAAUAAAUUUACUAAAUAUCAACAAUGCAUAUUACCAUAAGCAUCUGAUAUAUGUAAAUUGAUGAAAAUAUUCACAGGAAACACCAUCUGUAGAGCCAGAUUCUCUACACCAAAAGUUACCUGCUGCUUACCUUGAUACACGUUCUAUUUCGGCAAUGUUGCGUCACUUUCUGGACUUUUUUGAAUAUUUAGCUUCUACAGUCAUGCUCAUUCAUAAUUUAACACUGAUCUUCAUUUGGCAACCAUCAGUCCACUGUAAUUGAAAUCACAGUACAUUUUUUACUCAGAAUAUAACCAUUACAGUCAUGGAGUGGGAAAAACAAUUUUUUAAUCUCACAUCCAGUAAAACGAACAUUUAAAAAAGAAAAAAAUCUAUAUAUCUAUAUACAAACAUAGGUACAAAGUACAAAGAACAAGAACAACAACAUUAAGAAAAAUUUAACUAAUACUAAUACCACAGUACAUAAACAGAGAACACAAAAGUACUGAAAUGAACUAUAAAUAUUAACAAUUUUAAGAUAUAUUUUUUUAAAAAUUAGCAGGGUGGUGUUUUGGUGGUGCCCCUCCCACCACAUCGAGCUGGUGCCUGUUUCAAAUGGUCCCCAAUCGAUGCUGCGACCAGUUCCUCUGUUGCCGUCGGGAAGUUAGUGCGAACAGACUCUGCAAAAAGAAAAAAAACAAAAGAAACUUGAAUCAUAGUAAGUGUAGAAAUUAUCUAGUAUUGUCCGGAAGGAUUCUUCACUUUUUUACAGCUUCAGGCUUUAAAUGAGUCAGUAACAUGACCAAGAAUAAGUAAUAACUUGCAGAGAUAUAAUUCAUUUACCAAGAACAACUGUGAAGAAAGCAGUUUUCUUUAAGCUUUUUUUCCCCUGGCGUCCUCUACCCAGGAGGUUGUAGUUCCUCUGCACGUCAUUGUGUAAAAUUCUGAAAUGGAUAUCAAAGACAAAUAGAUCUCUUAAGGUGCGUUCACACCGGACAGGCAACACAACUUGUCCUGUCUUGUGUCCUUAGACGUGUCACUUUGCCACCGUCAAUUUGCGUUGCGCAUUACAUCACGCCCGCUCUAGGUUUCCCCUCGAUCUCGUCGGAUACCGUGUCCAGCGCUGCUCUUUAUUUGUGGAAAAAGUCACUAAAACGUCAGAGAAACCCUCGCCGCCGUUGUGCAAGUGCCUGUGUGAACGCACCUUAAUACUGCUUACUCUUGCAAUUCACUAGAAAGACUUGAUAAACACCAACAAUACAUGAUUAUAUUAAUAACAUUGUCUUGCUGUCAUAUUCAUACCUGUCCAGGAUCCUGCGUGUGCAGGUCUUAAUGUCCUUCCCCCCAAGGUGUGACAGUUGUUUUAUCUGUAUGAUAUAAUCAAAUUAUCAAGAGUGUCUAAUGUAUAGAUUUCUAUAAUUUUUAGCAUCUCUAUUUGACUUACCAGUGAACGUUUUAUGUUGGGGUGCCUACUGAUUUCCAACGACAUGCGCUGAGCCUCCUCCAAAGUCCUUAACGGCAACUGACGUAUCUGCUCACCCUCAUCUUCAAUGUCCCCCUGCUGGUUCAGCGAUUUCAAUUAAUCGCGGAUUUCCAAAAGUGUUUCCAUGACCACCUGCUGGAACUCUUAGUGAAAAGAUAUGAUUUAGUAACAUUCAAUUCAAUAAUUACAAUACAUAACAACAUUUUGUACUUUAGUUAUGCCACUCUUACUUUUCUCAGGCAUUGGGUAGGAAUAAACCCUCUCCCUCGCUGCAAAAUCCGAGAACAAGACAAUAAAUGGAUGAUGAGUGUGGUGCUUAACUUUGGCUGUUAAACACAAAAUCUACCUGAAGUGGUUUCACGGUGGGUCACGUGAGCGUGCUCCACCUAUAAGGUGGCUGGAUUAUUGUCACGGCGGCAGUCGGUGUUACCAAGACGGAUACAACACAUGAAAUCUAAUAAUUAAAUGGAAUUUCAGCGACCAACUUUGUUGUCGAGUGCUCAGCAGGACCCAGGCUUUAAGAUCUGAAGUUGUUUUUUUUGCCAUAUAUGCGUUUUGACCGGAUAAGGCGAAAACACUGGUCACGCUCCCAUAGAUUGAGAUCAGUUCUGCAACGUUCAGUUAUCAUUUUAAAUAAUGAACUCUUGAAUUGUGGAUUAAAAUCAAUUGUCCAGAUUCGGUCUAUAUGUAGACGUUGAAAUGACGUACACAUUUUUACGUCUAAAUCACGUCUCAAAAUAGACAGAAUCCCGACGUUGAAAUGAAGUAUAAAUUUAUACGUGUAAAUGACGUCUACAUCCAACUAUGCUGCAUAUCUCUCCACGGUAUCAUAAGUAAUCUAAUCCAGUAUUUAGAGAUCAGUUAUGCACCCUACAGAUGUCUAUUUCAUAAAAAAUUAUUGAUAAAUGAAGUUAAGGGCAAAGUAUAAAUCACGUCUUAAAAUAGACCGAUUCCCGACGUUAAAAUGAAGUAUAAAUUUAUACGUGUAAAUGACGUCUACAUCCAACUAUGCUGCAUAUCUCUCCACGAUAUCAUAAUUAAUGUAAUCCAGUAUUUAGAGGUCAGUUAUGCACAUUACAGUUGUUUAUUGCAUAAAAAGUUAUCGAAAAAUGAAGUUAAGGGCGAAGUAUAAAUCACGUCUUAAAAUAGACUGAAUCCUGACGUUGAAAUGAAGUAUAAACUUAGACUAGACGUCUAAUAUACGUCUUUUGCUCAGUGGGAAGAGAACACAGCGAUAUUGUUAUAUUACCAAAUGUCAUCAAUAACUAAUAACUAUUGACUGAUAUUAAAAGCUUUUUUGUAAAAACACCACAAAAAAGAUGCUUCUUUAACAGAAUCUUGCCUACCGCACCUUUAACGUCAGGAAUCAAGUUACUCAGAUCCUCAGAUGUAGGUUGUUAUUUCAGCUCAGUCCCCUCUGUGCUCCAUGAUAACUCCCUCCUGAACCUGUAUCACCCUCCCCACGACACACCCCCUCUGGCAAAGCAAGAAGCCGGCCGGCAGAAGAUCCUACGGUAGCUUCAAAUAGGAUUCACCAUGUUGGAUUGUUAGUGACUAGAGGCAGUAAACGCCAGCUCUGCUAGCGAGCACCGUCUGCAGCUGCCCGGGCAGCUACCAUGUUGACAUUGCAGAGACUAAUAAGAGUUAUUUACAGUGAGUCCAAGAAGUAUUUGAUCCCUUGCUGAUUUUCUUCGUUUGCCCACUAAUAAAGAUGUGAUCAUUCUGCACGUUUAAUGGUAGAUGUAUUCUAACAUGGAGAGACAGAAUAUCAAGACAAAAAUCCAGAAUAUAACUUUAAAGAAUAUAUUUUAAUUAAUUUGUAUUUCAUUGAGGGAAAUAAGUAUUUGAUCCCUCUAGCCAAACACACUCAAUACUUAGUGGCAAAGCCUUUAUUAGCAAGCACAGCAGUGAGACGUUUGUUGUAGUUAACCACAAGUUUAGCACACACACCAGGGGGAAUUUUGGCCCACUCUUCUUUGCAGAUCCUCUCUAAAUCAGGAAGGUUGGUGGGCUGUCGCUUGGCAACUCUGACCUUCAGCUCCCUCCAUAGAUUCUCAAUCGGAUUGAGGUCCGGAGACUGGCUGGGCCACUCCAUGACCUUCAUGUGAUUUUUCUUGAGCCAAUCCUUUGUUGCCUUUGCUGUGUGUUUCGGGUCGUUAUCAUGUUGGAAGACCCAACCACGGCCCAUUUUCAGCUUCCUGGCAGAGGGGAGGAGGUUGUCCCUCAGGAUUGUACGGUACAUGGCUCCAUCCAUCUUCCCAGUGAUGCGGUGAAGUAGCCCUGUACCCUUGGCAGAGAAACACCCCCAAAACAUUAUGCUUCCACCUCCAUGCUUGACGGUGGGCACAGUGUUCUUGGGGUCAUAGGCAGCAGUUUUCUUCCUCCACACAUGGCGGGUAGAGUUGAGGCCAAAAAGUUCAAUUUUGGUCUCGUCUGACCACAGAACCUUCUCCCAAUAACUUGGUUCAUCUUUCAGGUGAUCAUUGGCAUACUUAAGGCGCGCCUCCACAUGUGCCUUCUUGAGCAGGGGUACCUUUCGGGCACUGCAGGAUGUUAAUCCAUUGUUGCGCAAAGUGUUGCCAAUUGUUUCCUUGCAAACUGUGGUCCCAGCUGCCUUCAGGUCAUUUACCAACUCCUGACGAGUGGUUGCAGGAUGAUUUCUGACCGUUCUCAGGAGCAUUGUCACCCCACGAGGUGAAAUCUUCUUUGGAGCACCGGGCCGAGGUCUGUUGAUGGUCAUGUUAUACUCUUUAAAUUUUCUAACAAUUGCACCAAUAGUUGUUACUUUCACAUCCAACACCUUGCUAAUCUUUUUGUAGCCCAUUCCAGCUUUGUGGAGGUCAACAAUCCUGACUCUGAGGUCCUGAGACAGCUCUUUGGUCUUACCCAUGUUGGAGACUUGAAAUCUGUCAGAUUGUCUGAUUCUGUGAACAGGUGUUUUUCACACAAGUGAUUAGUGAGAACAGGUGGCUUCAGUUCAGGUAACAAGCUGAUUGGGAGUGUCUAACUGGUCUGUGAAAGGCAGAACUCCUAAUGCAUACUGAGGGAUCAAAUACUUAUUUCCCUCAAUGAAAUACAAAUCAAUUAAUAUAUAUUCCUUAGAUUUUUUUCAGGAUUUUCUUUUUGAUAUUCUGUCUCUCCAUGUUAGAAUGCAUCUACCAUUAAAUGUGCAGAAUGAUCACAUCUUUAUUAGUGGGCAAACGAAGAAAAUCAGCAAGGGAUCAAAUACUUCUUGGACUCACUGUAUGUAACAUGUGCCACGAUAAAGGCGAUAAAAAUGACCUGUUCAACAAAAACUCUGCUGUCUCGGCUUCUGUUUUCAGGACCAAAUCCUGGCGGAGCUUUCUCCACUGCUCGAAGGAUGACUCGAUGUGUAUUCCAGUUAGAUUCCUCGCUUGGUCACAUUUCCUCUUCGACUCUGCCCUUUCUUCUGUCGGCUUGCGUUUUCUUCCCACUUUUGACGGUGGGGCAAGCAGAAGUGUUUUUUUUUUUUUUAUGCGUCCUUCUCCAUCGCAGCUCCUGUAACUAAGCUGCUACGCUACUUUUAACCGCUCAGAGCUCAGAGGAGGGCCGGGAGAGUGGGAGGGGACGAGUCAGAACUACAGGGAGGGGUGUGUCGAAUACGGCGAGGUGAUUGGAUGGAGAGGCGGAGCAGGAGAUUGACCAAUAGGAGCUGUCCAGGACGGACGUCUCCUGUUGGUCAAUGUUUUUGCAGCCCUGCACCUGCUAGGUCUGUUCUUUUUUCUCUUCACUUUGUAGAGAUUGCACUAUAGGACCAUGAUCGCCAUAGAAACAAAGUUCAUACUAAUUACAAAUCUUUACAAUUGUCAACCACACCUUUAAGUGUUGUCUGCAAAAAGUGUAAAACUAACAAGCUUUCUGCAGAAAACUGUAGCCUAUCAUGCACACCACUCCUCUGAGCUGCAUCAAACUCUUAAAGGGAUACUCCAGAAAUGUAUCAGCCUACUUAUAAUAAGACAGUCAGUCAGAAGGUGUGAACCUAAAGCCACUUUCUGGUCUUCCUCAGUGUAACCCUUCAGACCUGGACCUGUGUGAGGACUUGAGUGACCUGCAGAGUGUGAAUGAAAGUGGAGUGCUGCACACGCUCACCAGUCGAGCUAAAGCGAGCAUGCCGCUAACACACGCCGGACCAAACCUGGUGAACUUCUGGCCUCCGUUACAGAUGCACAGCAAGGUGAGUUAAUGCCCUGAAGAAGACUCUGCUCAGGUUUGGUGUUCGUGUUGCUAAUGUGAUUUUUUUCUGUCAGACUCCAAAGUCUCGUCGGGGGGAGUGUGUGUGGGACGCUCCCCCGGCUCUCGCCGCUCUGGUCAAACGUGUCUACGUGUCCAUGGUGGGGUCUAGGAGAGACCACAGCGUGUGUGCGGUGGGACGUAGUGGGACGGGAAAGACAACGGCGUGUCAGGCAUUCAUUCACACUCUGCUCAAACAGGCGGGGACCACCGGGGAGAAGAUCAGCAGUGAGUGGGUCAUCUGGAGGUCUUUUUGUCCUCUCUCUGUGGACUCUCUGUCAUCCAUCUUUGUUUCCUCCUCUCCUCAGCUGAGCGUGUGCAGGCCAUGUUCACCAUCCUCCGGUCUUUUGGCUGUGUGAGCUCCCAGCAAAGCGACGCCUCCUCUCGGUUCGCCAUGGUCUUCUCUCUGGAUUUUAACCACGCAGGACAAGCUGCUGCCGGACACCUACAGGUAUGAGACACACAGAGUUCACAGAAACAGUCAGAUGAAGCUGCAGACAGAUCCACUCAUGGUUCCUCUCUCCGCUCCUUAUCAGACCAUGAUGUUGGACAAAUGGAAAGUGUGUCAGAAAACUCCAGGAGAGAGUAACUUCCUGGUCUUCUCUCAGAUGCUGGGAGGACUCAGCUCAGAGAUGAGGUAAGACCCAAACAUCAGGAUUUCUUUGAAUUUGCAUCUCCAGUCAGAGAUGUGAUAUCUCUACAUACUUCUGCUCAAUCAUUUUCAAAUUAAGCUGAAGUAAACAAUCAAAGUUCAGAUAAUUCACUUUUGAAGGAUUAACGAACAUGUGCACAGGUCUGAAUUUGUGUCCUUUAGUUUUGAGAGUGCGUAAACUUCUCUCCUGUGUGUUUCCUCUUCAGGACUGAGCUCCAACUUCAUCAGCUCCCUGAGUCCAACUCUUUCGGGAUCGUUCAUCCCACCAAGGUCAGUAACCCCCGAUUUCCACGGCAUCCUGAACGGAUACGAAAAGGCCGUAUCCGCCGAUCGUAGCUGAUCGUAACCAUUUAAUGCGUCAAUUUCCACCACCUUCUUUCCGUUCCUCUGCGGAUCGUCGGACUCCACAGCUGAUAGCAAGAGUUCUAUUUUUUCUGGACGCUGGAGCAUGCCGGAUAAAUUCAGCACAGAUUAACCCGUGCUGGAAAGGAAGAUGGGCACAGACACAAAAUAAAACACUCCGUGUUUCAGGCAGAUCGUAUUUCACACCAUGCAAACGGUUAGAGACGAACAAGUGAAAGGUUUUUAGACGUCAUUUCUCCCCAAUGACACCAUGGAUGAGGAGAGGUUGAUUCUAGAAGUCUAGAAGUAGAUUUCCCCCUCUGGAAGGACACAAUCUACUGCUUAUUUGUCUGUCUUACGUGUCUGUCUUUGUAGAGACAGCUCAUUAUCACGCGAUCGCACUUGAAUCCGUGGGUUCUUGUGAGCUCUCGUGAUUCCUGCGGUCCGUAAUCCGCCACCAAAUUCACCCCACAAAUGGAUCCAGUAGGAAUUGGCGUACGGCGAAAAUUGCCACUGUCCCGGAUCGGAGCUGUUCCGGAUGCAGUGGAAAUCCUGGCUUAGUCUUAGUCUGAACAACCUCCAGACCCCGGAGGUUUGCUUUUAAACAGAGAUAAUUUACCACUUUACCGUCCAAGGUCUGAUAGAUGAACUCUGAAAAAGAAAAAGAGAAAAUUGUUUGACUUAUUAAGGAUCCUAGAAUCUAAAAUUUGGACCUGGAGACAAACUUAGGAUUCUCUAAAUGAAAUGAUGAUAGUUUCUGCUUACGGGAGGCAAACUUUUAUCCAAAGUCUCCUGCGCAGUGAUUUGCAGUGAUUGCUUCAUUACAGAAACACAUCUCUAGAUCAGCAUGAAUUUCCAUCAGACUAAUUCAAAAACACAUUUUGGAUGUUUGGAGCUCUGCGCUUGUGUUUGAGUGAAAAAGACGAGGAAUAAAAAUAGAAAAAAAAAUGAGCCAGAAAAGGUUUCUGAAGACAAGGACUCAGACUGUGACAGGAGAUGAGACGUGACUCAGCUGUUCUUCCUCCUUAUUAAGAGGCUGAUUUUACAGUCUUCUCCUCUUCCUCCAUGUCUGUCUGUGUGUGUUUGUGUGUGUGUGUGUGUGGUCAGGUGGAGGAAAAACAGCGAGCAUCCGUCGCUUUCACGAAGCUGCUGACUGCCAUGGAAACGCUGGGCUUCUCGUCCGGCGAGCAGAAGGCGAUCUGGCAUGUCCUGGCUGGUAUUUACCAUCUGGGAGCAGCCGGGGCCUGUAAAGGUAACACUGACUCAUCAUCAUCUUCAUCACUUACACUGUGUUAGAUAACCCUACACUAACACAGUAUUCAUAUACUUGAGAGGACUCUUAUAAAACUUAUGGAGUUCUUGGACGAUAAGAAACACCGUACUGCACUUCAACACUGUGGACCUCUGUUGUUUCCGGUUUAUAUCAGUAGUAUUAGAUGAAAUGUUCCUCAUGCAGAUUUACCGUCAUAUGCUGAUGAUACUGUCAUAUACCGCACAAUUUAAACACAGUAUAAGACUUUAUACUUGAUUUAUUGCUUGAUAGAUGCUCACCUUUCAUGAGUCAAAAAUGAAUGUUUAAAAACUCAAAGAUUAAGCUGCUGAAGCUGCUGUCUGAUACGACGACUCAAAGUGAUGAGUCUGUAUCUUCUUACAAAAACUGCAGAUGCUGAAUUGAUGAUUUUUAUCCUUUAAACGUCAUAUAAAGACGCGCAUGAAGAAGUUGAAGCUAUGGACGAGCUUUUAGUUCAUAUUUAAGUCCUGUUUUUAUUUCUGUUGCUUCUUUAAUGCUCCUGAUUGACAACAGUAAUGUUUUAUAGAUUCCUGCAUCGCCUCAAAACCUUCACUCCCUAGAUACUGUUUCCUCUUUUUUGUGCGAUUAAUAUAUUUAUUAUUGUGUAACACUGAACAAAGUUGACAGUUUCUAUUUCAUGUGUUUGUAAUUUUAAACCACCUCCUACAGGUACUCGGUUUCAAAUCUUCUUUAGAAAACUGCGUGACCAUUUAUGGACUAAUUAUGGACCCUUAAACUGAGCAGUAAUUGUCUUAAAUUAGGUAAUUAUCUCAUUGGCUGAUGUCUGUGUGGAAGCACUUGAUUGGAUGUUUUUGAUUUUUUUUCCAGUUUGAAUCCUUCUUAUUUAAACGUGGGGCGGCACAGUGGUGUAGUGGUUAGCACUGUCGCCUCACAGCAAGAAGAUGCUGGGUUCGAAUCCGGGUCAGGGUGUGUCUGUGUGGAGUUUGCAUGUUCUUCCUGUGUCUGCGUUAGAGGAUGACAUCUUUCAGGAAUUCCACGGGAUGGGAAUCAUUUUUUAAUUAAUCCCGUGAUUGGGACGGGAAAAAAGCAACGGGAGCGGGCAGGAGCGGGAACAAUAUAAAUAGAUGAUCAUUUUCAGCCGAUCACGGGAUUGAUUAAAAAAUGCCUCCCAUCCCGUGGGAUUCCUGCGGGAAUCCCGUUACCCACAGGAAUUCCAGAAAAAUGUCAUCCUCUAGUCUGCGUGGGUUUACUCCGGGUACUCCGGUUUCCUCCCACAUCCAAAAACAUGCCUGAGUGGGGUUAGGUUAAUUGGCCACUUCCAAAUUGCCCAUAGGUGUGAAUGUGAGAGUGGAUGGUUGUUCGUCUCUAUAUGUCAGCCCUGCGAUGAACUGGCGACAUGUCCAGCGCGUCCCCUGCCUUCGCCCGAAGAUGCUGGGAUAGGCUCCAGCCCCUCCUGUGACCCCAGGAACGGGAAUAAGCAGUAGAAAAUGGAUGGAUGGAUUAUUUAAAUGUCAUUUAUUUACUGUUUUAAUGAUCCUGAUGAAAGCUUCAAGCUUCUCUCUUGUCUUUGGAGUGUUGACCUUGUUAGUCCGUUCCUCCUCCUCUUUCUUCAUGCACCUUUGAAGCAGGUGAAGCUGUGGUAAACACGAACCACACACCGUCUAUAAAGCAUGAAACAAUGAGCAAAAACAUGAUAAGAUAUGAUGCUUACAUGUCUGUAAAUGAAUUUAUAAUUAAGACUCAUGUUGUUUCUGAGUUUAAAGGGUCUGAUUUGACUUUGGAUUCUUGCAUAUGUGACAUUUUUACUGAUUUUGCAAACUCAGACGGUUCUUUCUUCUUAACAGUGAUUUAUGUUGAGCCUCAGCAGUUAAAUACUUCCCUUCUCUCAGCUUCUGUUGUAAUCUCUGUCUUGUGUCUGCGGUCUCAGUGGGGAGGAGACAGUUUGUGAGCUUCGACAGUGCUCAGGUGGCCAGCGGCGUGCUGGGCUGUGAGGGAGAGGAGCUGCACACCGCUGUCUUCAAACAUCACCUCCGACAGCUGCUGCAGAGAGCCACCGGGGGCAGCAGAGAGAGGAGCAACACUGCUGCUGAGGCGGAGGAGGGUGAGACACACACACACACACACACACACACUGAGAAAAAGAAUUAUAUCAGGAAAAACAAACAAUUUUUUCAAUCUAAAAUGUUCACAUCACAUUUUUCUUUCUGUUAUAUACAUAUGAAUUAAAAAAAUUUAAAGGGAAAAAAAAGAAAUAUUUGAUUUAAUGAAAAAAAAAAAAAGAAUAAUAAAGACUUAAGGUAGGAACCCAAAAAUAUUUGCAAAAAACAGUUAAAUUCAAAGCAAAAACAACCUGUGAAAUGCAAAAAUAUUGUGGGAAAUCUAAAAAAAAAUUCACUAAGGAUCAUAUUUUAAAAAUAUUUUAUCAAAUCAAUUUACAUGUAACAAAACACAAGAAUGUCAGAAUCAAAAACAUUUCAUGAAGCACAAAAACUUUUUCUUGGUGAAACCUUUAACAUUUGGAUCUUUUAAUUGUGCAAAUGAGAUGUUUUUGCAUCAUGACAGUUUGUUUAUUUGACCUUCUGGGCCACAGUAGUUUUUCUCUAUGCUAGUUAACACUGUUUGUUUUUUUUUAACUGAUGCUGAAAGUUGAAACCCAGGUGUUGAUUCUGGUUUUACUCUUAUUUUCCUGUCAUGUGCUGCAUGAUUUUACUCUACUCCUCCUUUUUUCAGAUUUAAUGUCUCCAUAAGGUCUUAAAAAAAUGAUCUUUAAAAUGUGAUACAAACACGGUGGAUGGCGGCUGAUUGAGUCUGGUGUUUGUGGUUCCUGCAGGUCCGAGGCUGACAGCUGUUCAGUGUGUUGAAGGAAUGGCUGCAGGACUCUAUGAGGAACUCUUCACCUCCAUUGUCUCCCUGAUCAACAGGUGGGGCCGGGUCUUAGUUUAUAAACGUCAACACUGUUUUCAGGUGGACUCUGACUCCUCAACAAUGAUCAAUGUCUCCUUGUGUAUGGAUGAAGUUCUUCUCUGUUGGUUUGUAGGGCUCUGAGCAGCCAGCAGCUGACCCUGGCCUCGGUGAUGGUCGUGGACACUCCGGGUCUGAGGAACCCCAGACACUCUGCGGAGGAGCGAGCAGCUGGCUGGUCCGAGCUCUGCCACAACUACCUGCAGGAGCGGCUGCUGGAGCAGUACCACACACACACCUUCACACACACGUUGGACCGAUACUCACAGGUAAGACACCCUCUUAAACAUCGACAGCUGUUUUAACAUCCAAGUUCAAGAGAUCAGUCAGUAGGGCUGGGCGAUAAACGAAAAAAUUACCGACAUCAUUUUGCUCAUAUAGGUAUAUUCAUUGUCAAAAAAAUAAGUAGAUAAACGUUGGUUUUGGAUGUGUGUAGGUAGGCUAUGGUCUCAUGUCCCUUUAAGAUGUGACUCCACCCGAUCCAGUCCAUAACAAAGAGGGAAAGACAGGUGAGGAGAUGGAGGAUGGUUUAAAAGUUGUAGCAGCUGAAGUAGAAAAAGUUAAUGUGGGAGGGGGUGAGCAGCUUAUGGAAUGGUUAUCGUCCAUUUAUCUGUAUCGAGGUGAACUGAUCAAUAUAUCGUGAUAUUAAUUUGAGGCUAAUCGCCCUGCCAUAUCAGUCAGUUUCAUUUGUAGGCUGCAAACACUCAAAUCUACGCAAGUGUUUUUGUCUUCUUGAUAACAUUUCGGUUCAUUUAAAGCAAAUUUGACCAGAAAUAAGUCGACCAGUUUCUUCCUUUUUGAAGAAAUUGAUUAAAAGUUUAUAAUAAAGAGUAAAAACUGUAUUUUUAAGAUAGGACACCUCUAUCUGUACCUGUGGGUGUUAAGUCCUCAAUGUCAGUUUGUUCUCCAGGAGCACAAAAGCUUUUCCCUCUCUGACGGUGAAAGGAUUAAAAAGUGAAAAAGGAUUACAGAGUCCCUAAGAGACCUGACCAAGGACUUUUUCUGUCGGAGUUUGUGAGUCUGCUCGAAAGACACCGGACCAGAAAAAAAGCGUUUUAUUAUAAGAGAGAAAUCACUUUUCUUUUUUCUGCUCACACAUGUCAGACUUAAAGUGGAGGUUUAGAUCUGGUUUGUUCGUCUGUGUAGGAGUGUUUGUCUGACGACAGAUUCAGACUCAGGUGUCUCCAUUUUUAGCGGGACAGUUUUUGUCUUCAUGAGUCUUUUUUUUUGUGUUUCAGGAGAAAAUCAAGGUGCAGUUGGAGAGUCCAGAAAUCAGUCCAGCUGAGGUGGUCUCCACCAUCGACCAGCCUCCUCCUCAGGUUCGAGCAAACUGCACCCAAAACACAGUUACCAUGCAACCGUAUCACCUGAACAGAACUAACCCUCGGAUUUCUUAAAGGCACAUUUCACUAUUUAUAUCUAUAAAUUAAAAGAUUGCAAAUAAAAGGGAAAGAGCGGAUGAAAAUAUACUUUUGGGAGGAUCUUGUUUUGUUUUUAGCUAAACAAUCUAGAGACCUUGACACUCCUACCAUCAAGAAACCUUUUCGGUCGCCACAGAAAAUACCAGUGAAGUCUGUUUUCAACUCUGAUUGUGGCGUACCUCAAAGAUCUAUCCUCGGCCCACUAAGUUUUUCAUUAAUAUAAACCAUCACUCAGCCAGAUCCUUCAGGACAUGGAGUCUCUUUACACUCGUAUGCAGAUGACACGCAGAUGAAUAUUGUUAAACAGUGAAGCUGACUUUGUGAUUUAGUUUGCAGUUAUUUUUGAAGCUCAUACCCGGGUUUUAAUGUCAGGUUGUUCUGAGAUUUUGAGGUAGAAAACUCCUGGACUAGAUCUCAACAUUAAAGUUUUGACUUGUUUGCCUAAAACAAAGAAUAAAAAAUGCAAAGUUUAAUUGUUUCAGAUGAAUUUUCAAAGUAAAAAAUCUCCAAACCCAGAAAAACUGACCGUCCGGCUGCUGGAGGACAGAUAAGAGAAAAGAGGAGCUAAUAAAAAUGUUAAUAUGCCAACAAACUUAAAGUAUAGCUGUGUUUUCAGAGCUUUAUGUACACAGGAUGUGUGUGUGUGUGUGUGUGUGUGUGUAACCUGCUGUUUCCUCUGGAGAAGAUAGUACGGGGAAAUGUUUCCGCUUUUUCUUUCCCUCCAUCUGACAGAGCCAGACUGUCUCAAAGCGCUGGAACAGUCUGUGCUUAUUUUUCUCCUUUUAUGGUAAUUAUAAACUCUGUGUGUGUGUGUGUGUGUGUGUGUGUGUGUGUGUGUGUGUGUGUGUGUGUGUGUGUGUGUGUGUGUGUGUGUGUGUGUGUGUUUAAGGUCCGGGCGGCAGAUGGAGACCCCAGAGGUCUGUUAUGGGUUCUGGAUGAGGAGAUGGUGACACCAGCCUCCAGUGAGAACAGCGCCUUGGAGAGAGUCUGCCAGUAUUACAGCAACACUGGUACCAGACCUGCCACACACACACUCACACGUUUAGAGUCACUUCUAGUGUGUUUAGCCCACUGUGUUGAUGAUCCUGUGAAUCCUCCUGCAGUGCGUCAGUGCGAGCAGCCGCUGCAGUGCGAGCUGAACCACCUCAUGGGCUGCGACCCGGUCCGCUACGACAUGACGGGCUGGUUCGGUCUGAUGCAGAACAACCCGUCUGCUCUGAAUGCCAUCUGUGUCCUCCAGAACUCCACCAUGUGAGUCCGCUGACAGGCCGGUACACGGAGAUGCUGAGUCUGAGUAAACGUCUAAUAAUAGUCUGCUGCUGCUCUCUGAUUGGUCAAAAGAGUUCAACCAGAAAAAACUGGACUACAAGUUAAAUGACUGAAUGAAUGAAUGAAUUUAUUUUGGUGUAAUAUGACUGAAAGGGUGUAGGCAGAAGCAAUGCUUAUAAAGACCUACCCUUAUACCAUACAUCGAUUACAUUAUAGAGAUACACUCUCUGGUAUCACUUUAUAAUAACCAUAACUUAUGAAUGGUAAAUAGAUUAUUUAUAAAGAUUAUAGACCAUUAAUAAAUUGUGAAUUUUACAAGUUUAAAAACCAAACCCUAACUUCAACUUUACAAUAAUCAUCUAAGUAAUGUUUAUAGAUGGUUCAAAAACCAAAUAUUAACUAUUUACACAGUGCUACUGACACACAUUUUAAUCUAGAUGUUUUACAACCAAUAUUUAAACCCUAUAUAAACCUUUAAUAAAUAGUCCAUUAAUAAUUAAUGAAAAUUAUUAAUCAUAAUUUCAUUGCUUGUUAAUGCUAAAGUAACUAUUAACUUACAUUAGUAAACUAUCUAUUUACCAUUUAUAAAUUAUGGUUAUUGUAAAGUGUUACCCACUCUCUUUAUACAAAUAUCAACACUUCAAUAAAUAUUUACUCUUCAAAUCCGAUAGAGUAAUGCACAUGCUUUACACUUUCUCUUAAAGUUUAUCUGAGUACUACAUUUCCUCCUUUCUACCGGACAGUCGUUCCAUAUUUUCACCCCUUUUACAGACACACAAACAUUUUUGACAUUUAUUUUUUGCUUUCGGUUUCUGAAAUAAUCCACAGCCUCUUAGGUUGUAAUUAGAGUCCCUCAGUUUAUACAGGCUCUGGACAUGUUGCAGUAAGGCUAGGAUUAUUUAUGAGAAUAAAAUCGUAAAGUAAAUGAAGUCUUAAAGCUGCUUCAUCAGUGGGUGUAUCAGUGGGCCAUUAAGAGAGAUUUUGUGGUUUCUUAAGAAAUAAUCCAACUGAUGAUCAACAUUUGUGAUUCAGAGGGAGACGAGCUCUGACAAGCACCACGUCUGUCUCUGAUGUCGACACAACACUGGCAGCAACCUACACCUGCAGAGGCACCAACACCUUAUGGCAUAGAGAUUCAUACGAUAAACUAAAGCCAUAUGAAAUUAUUGUUAUAAACGGCUGUAUUGAGGGAUUUAGCCUCUGCUCAGCCAUUUCCAGCCAUUUCCCCCUCCUCAAAAACGGCGAUUCCCUACAAGUCCGCCUGGUUCUUUCUGCGGAAAAGAUGUAUUUCUUGCAUAUGUCCUGAUACUUCUGAUGAUGUGAUGCUGAAACGCAAAAUGAUUUAGUACCUCCUUGUUUGUGAAACCUAGCUACUGAAGUUCAAUUCAUCUAAAUGCUCAACAGCUAUUAGCUACGACUUUAUUCUCCUAAGUAAUGAUUUUAUUACUACUUUAUUCUCAUAAGAAAUAAUUUUAUUAUUACUUUAUUCUCGUAAGUAAUUCCGAGGUCUAAAAUUUUUUCUUUUCUUAAUGUGGCCCUAACGCUCCGUCGUAGGGAUGAGUUGAUUCACUGUAAUGCUUAUUGCAGAUGACUCUUACGGCUUGCUUUUGUAGAAGACAUAAUGGGUUUGUAUUUGUUUUGUAAGUAUUUCCCCAAAUCUCAAUGCAAUAAGUCAUGUACGGAGUUAUCAGGGCAUAGUAUAGAGUGGCUAACCCUUUUUGUGAAAAUAAAUGUUUGGCAAUAUACAGAAUGGCGAUAGAUUUUGACAUUUUUGAUUUUAUAUGAUUUAUGUGUGAUUUCCAACUAAGUUUGUUAUCUACUAUGAUCCCAAGGAUUUUGUUCUCAGUUACUACCUCGAUUUCCUUAUUGUCUAUAGUUAGAUUUCUACAUUGAAUUACUUGCUUAUUUCCAAAUAUAAAACAUUUAGUUUUGUCAAGAUGGAGUGACAGUUUAUUCGUGUCAAACCAAGUUUUUAAUGUUUGCAACUCUUUCUCCACCGUGUCCAGAAGCUAUUCCAGAUAAUCAUUACUACAAAAACACAGUUGUGUCAUCACAGAGAGGCCCAAAGUCUGAGGACCACAAACUUCCAGUUUACUGUUAUUGUUGUCUUCUGUCUUCCUCAGAGGGGAGGUGAAGUCCAUGUUUACCCCCAGGAUCUCUCUGCCCCCUCUGUGUCGAGGUCUGGGGGGUCUGGAAGGGGCCAGCCAGCGCUCCCUGCAGAGGAAUGGCACCAUCAGGAAAACCUUCAGCGGGGGGAUGGCGGCCAUGCGCAGACACUCUCAGUGUAUUGCGGUCAAACUCCAGGCGGUAAGUCCAACUGCUCGUGUGUUAUGACCUCAUCAGACCUGCAGAGGGUCAGUCUUUGGAUUCAGGUCAUGUCCCCGCCCCUCAGGACGCUCUGGUGAACCUGAUUCGUCGAGCUCGGCCGGUGUUCCUGCAGUGCGUGAGCGCAAAGAGCGACGGUGGGAGUUUUGAUGUCCCGGCGCUCCGAGUCCAGCUCCAGUCCACUCAGUUCCUGUCGGCCCUGCAGUUCCACCGCACAGGUCAGUCCGCUGUUCACCUGGAACAAAGACGUCAUGUCGGCGCAUUUCCUCCGUCUAUCCAAUCGGCUGUGAUCAGAUUAAAAAAAUUCCAGGGCUUGUUUUAGUUCUUGAACCGAGCAUCGACAGGUACCACGAACAAAAGUCUAAAAAGAGAACAAACACAUAACAAAAGAAAGGAGGUGCAAAUUAAGCUGCUAAAACAGGAGUCCUCCAGGUCUGCAGGGGGCGCUCAAUGACUGUUAGUGUAUAAAGUCUUAAGAAAGAGCAAACACACUGCACAUAACAAAAGAAAGAAGCUGUCGCUACCUGAUCUGUCCCGGACACCCAAUUUGUUACUGCACAUGUGCGAAACGUACGCCACUUCUUCUAAGAUGAGAUAAGAUAAGAUAACAACUUUAUUAAUCCCCGAAGGGAAAUUUAAUAACUACUAAUAUUGAAUAACUAGUUAUUUAUAGUUAUUAUUAUUCAAUUAUUAGUUAUUAUUCAAUAACUGAUAGUAACUACUAUUCAAUAUCUACCAGCCAGCUUGGUGACAGCUCAGCGAUUCUUUGCCCCUCGCUGUUUGUGACAGCUUCGACACUUGUUCGACAGCUUCAGCAUCAGCGAGCUCGCUUCAGUCAGAAUGGAUGCUUUAGUUUAUCACCAGCUUUUCUCUCAAACAGAGUGUUUCCCCCGACUGAAGCAGAGCGCCGGAAAGUCAAGAGAAUGGCACCCAGUUACACGAUUAAAGGUUCCCUACUCCAGCUUAAUUGUAAAAUUGCAGCAUAGCUAUAAAAGGCUUGAAUGAAUGUAAAUAUUUCAGUGUUGAAAUUGUACACUGUAUAAAACGCUGAAGUUCAUUGUCCAUAAUGUGUAGGCUUCUUGCUAAUGAAUUAAAAUUAUAAAAUAAAUGAAAUAAAUCCCCCCUUGAUACUUUAAAAAGUCAAAGAACUAUGAUUUUGACCAGGGUGUGGCGCACUCUGUGGCCUGGGGAGGGUGCACAAUGGGUAGCCACACACCUCCAGAGCAUUCCUCCUUGAUACUUUGAUAAGUCAGAGAACCAUAAUUUUGACCUGGUGGUGACGCUCUCUGUGGCCCAAAAGGUCUCACUGUGCUGGGCAGGAGCUCUGGCGAAUACCUCAGCAUUAGCCCUGGAGCCUUCUGCUAGCUAGCCUGUUACAUCACUAGCUGGUUUCUGAAUUUGAUCGGUAGUUUAAAUAAAGUUUUUAAGGUGAAGUAAAUUUGCUGUUGCACAAUACAGAUUGAGUAGGUAGCAAUAAAGGCAUAUAUAAAAAUAUACUGCUAUACAUUAUGUAUGAAUAUAUAUAUAUAUAUAUAUAUAUAUAUAUAUAUAUAUAUAUAUACAUACAUAUACAUAUAUUUAUUUAUAUUUAUAUAUAUAUACAUACAUAGACAUAUAUAUAUAUUUAUAUUUAUAUGUAUAUAUAUAUAUAUAUAUAUAUAUAUAUAUAUAUAUAUAUAUAUAUGGCAAUACACUGCAAAAAGGAAGGUCUAAAAACAAGAUAAAACCACUAAAUCUGAGGGAAAAGUCACUAAAAACAAGUGAAAUUAUCUGUCCAUGCAACAAGAUAAUUUCACUUGACAAGAUUUCUUGAACUAAGAUUGUAAAAUCUAGAAAUUAGCAUGUCUUUGUCUGUAUUUGGAAGGCUUAAAAUAAGCCAAAAAUGAUGGUUUUAAGAUCAGAUUACUUAAAAUUGAACUUUUACAGCCCUAAAAUAACUAAAAUGUACAAAAUAUAAGCAUUAAUUAUGUAUAAAAUGCUGGUUAUAAGAUCACAGUACUUAACAUUUAACUUUUACAGCCUCAAAAUAAGUGAUUUAAGCUUAAUAUAAGCAACUGCAUAUUUUCUUAAUUUACGUUUAGCAAAUUAAGAUAGAGAUUAGUUAAACAAAAAAUAGAAAUGUAGAGGAAAAAUACCCAGUUUUAGUGAAUGACUAAACUCUGUCUUAAUCCAAGCAGGUUCAUCUUGAAACAAGGCUUGCUUAAUCUUAAAACAAGAUUCCUUUUGAUGAGACUUUGGGAGAGAGAUGGAAUAGAACUUACUUUAAUAGUUAUUUUUCUAAUUUUAAGAUUUCCUACCUAUUUGAGAAAAAAAGAUAAGGUUGUGCUUGAUAUAAGAUUAAAGUGUAAAGUUAAACACUUAAAAUAAGAAAUUAAGUCUUAAAACAAGAGAAAUUAUCGCACUCUUCUAAAUUUUUUUUCUAAAGUUUUUUUGUCUUGGUAAGAAACAAAUCAUUUGCAGUGUAGUAAUGACCAACUGCCAUAAAAUGCACUGAAAUAUGAGGAGAGGAAGUGACAUACGUUUUGCACAUGCACAGUACAAAUCUGAUGUUCGGGAUGGAUCAGGUAGCAACAGGAACUGCAAACUGAGCCACAAAAACAGGAGUCCUCCAGGCCUGCAGGGGGCGCUCAGUGAAUGUCGGUGUCCACAUUUCUUUGGAUUUGAAGGUUUUUAGUUUUCUUUAUUUGCAGCAUAUUACGGACGCUAUAAUCAAUUUAGACUGUUGUACACGCCUCUGAAUUUUCAGCUUGUUUCUUACUGUGGAGAUGGUUCUGGUGCUUGUAGCUCAGAAUUACUACAGACUGUAUAUAGAAUGGAUGCCGUCUGCCUCCUCGCUGGGCAAAGCAACCGCAAGAACAGCACCCUCUGUUGAUGGGCUGCAGUAUAGGUCAUGAAUUGCGCCUCCGCCAGCAAAGCUUAUGGAACUGUGGACAAACUUGAGAAAUUUAUGACACAGAAUAUAAAUUUUUCUCCCCCUGGUUGUGAUGUUGACAUGUAGUUACUGUCAGACUGGUUUGUGCUCAAGUCCUCUUUUUUCUGUGCAGCUCCAUUUUAAAAAGUUAUUAGGGGUUCAUGUUUUCUAUAGAUAGAAUAGAAUAGAAUAGAAUAUUCCUUUAUUGAUCCCCCAUCCCCCACAGCAGCAUCACAGACAAUAAGUGCAAAAAUGCAGUUAUAAAAAUAAAGAUCCUAAUAUUAAGAACUUAAAUUAGUGUAAUAAUUAAGAAAAAAAUUAGGAAAAGGAAUAAGGGAGAAUAUAUAAAACUAUAUACAAUAUACACAAUUUAAAUGCCAGAAAAAAAGUGGUGGUGUGAGUCCAGUUUUAUUACAGUUCGUUGUAAAGUCUUAUUGCAGGAAAGACCUGCGGUAGCGCUCAUUCUUGCAAGGUGGGAGUCUCAGUCUGCUGCUGAAGGAGCUGCUUAAAGCCCCCACAGUCUGGUGCAGUGGGUGAGAGGGAUUGUCCAUGAUGGAUACAAGCUUUGCUAACAUCCUCCUCUCACCCACCUCCUCCAGGGAGUCCAAAGAACAGUCCAGGACAGAACUGGCCCUCCUGACCAGUCUGUUCAGUCUCUUCCUGUCCCUCUCGGUGCUCCCUGCCCCCCAGCAGACCACCGCAUAGAAAAGUGCAGAUGCUACCACAGAGUCAUAGAAGGUCCUGAGCAGAGUCCUGCACACUCCAAAGGACCUCAGUUUCCAAAGGACCUCAGUUUCCUCAGCAGGUGGAGACGACUUUGGGCCUUCUUGUACAGGACGUCUGUUUUGGUUGACCAGUCCAGUUUAUUGUUGAGGUGGACACCCAGGCAGUGUUGUUUUCGUCAGGCAGGACGAAAACUUAAAUGACGACGUCAGACCCCUUUUUUCCUUGACGAAAAUGAGACUAAGACGAACGUCACCAAAGCUCUGUAAAGACUAAAAUGUGACGAAAAUUGUAUUGAUUUUCGUCAGACGAGACUAAAUUGUUUUUUUGUCCGAACAGUCACGCCCCCAUCACACACGCACCAAAAGCCUCGCUCGCGCACAGCUGCGCGCACACACUCAUACACAUGCACAGAGCAGCAGGUGGACGAGGCGCACACACACACACACACACACACCGUGGUGGCAGGCACAGCAGCGGUGCUCGGUGGCCGAAAAAAGAGGGAUGAUUUUGGUCCUACUUCAGAUACAGUCCAAGUGACAAUAAAACACAAUGUCUUGUACGGGGACGGGGAGACAGACGACAGUUGUGGAGCCACAGCUUCCUCAUGCUGCGGCUUCAUACUGUCGGGAAAGAACACCACGAACUUCAAAACGCACCUUUUCGUCGACUAAAACUAGACUAAAACCUUUUGAGUUUUCGUCGGACUAAAACUAGACGAAAACUAUCAAGGAUAGAAAUGACUAAAAUGGGACUAAAACAAGGAAGCAUUUCGUCAAAAUGACUAAGACUAAAACUAAAUCUGAAAUGCCUGCCAAAAACAACAAUGCACCCAGGAAUCUGUAGGACUCCACCAUCUCAAUGUCCAGACCCUGGAUGUUCACUGGAACAGCCUGAGGUGUCCUCCUCCUGCGGAAAUCCACAACCAUCUCCUUUGUCUUACUGGCAUUUAGCUGGAGGUGGUUUGUGCCACACCAGUUGACAAAGUCAGUGAUGACAGUCCUGUAUUCCCGCUCAUCCCCUGACGAUACACAUCUGUCGAUGGCUGUGUCUUCAGAGAACUUCUGGAGGUGACAGCUCCCAGAGUUGUAGCUGAAGUCCGAGGUGUACAGGGUGAAGAGGAAGGGGGAGAGCACUGUUCCCUGUGGAGCCCCCGUGCUGCAGACCACCAUGUCCGACACACAGUUCUGAAGCCUCACAAACUGUGGUCUGUCGGUGAGGUAGACCACGGUCCAUGCAGCUAGGUGACAGCCCACUCCCGCCCUCUCGAGCUUCCCCCUGAGCAGUGAAGGCUGGAUGGUGUUGAAAGCACUGGAGAAGUCAAAAAACAUGACCCUCACAGUGCUGCCGGUGUUCUUCAAGUGGGCCAUGGACCUCUGCAGCAGGUAGAUGACUGCAUCGUCCACCCCGAUGUUUGGCUGGUACGCAAACUGCAGAGGAUCCAGAUGAGAGCUCACCAGGGGGCGGAGGUUCCUCAGCAUGAGCCUCUCCAGAGUCUUCAUCAGGUGAGAAGUGAGGGCCACAGGUCUGAAGUGGUUGGGCUCCCUGGGGUGGGCUGUCUUGGGGACAGGAAUCACGCAGGAAGUCUUCCACAGUGUUGGGACCCUCUCCAGACUCAGGCUCAAGCUGAAGAUGUGCAGUAGCACCUCACAGAGCUGGUCUGCACAGUCCUUCAGGAGUCUGGAGCUGAUGCCGUCAGGACCUGUGGCCUUCCUUGGCUUCAUCUUCCUCAGCUCACUUCUCACCUGGUCAGCUGUUAUGGAGAGGCUGGGGGUGGUGCUAGAGGGGGUGGUGGAGGAUGAGUGGAGGGGGGUUGAUGAUGCCGGUGCCAUGGGACUGAGGUGGUGUGAAGAAGAAGCAGACAGGUUGUUGGUUUGAUGAGUUGGGGGAGGAGUGGGAGCAGAGUCAAAUCUACUGAAGAACAGAUUCAGCUCGUUGGCCCACUCCCUGUCUUCAGGUCCCCUCUCGUGGCCCCUGCUAUGACCUGAGAUGGAUUUCAGGCCUCUCCAGACCUCCCUCGCAUUGUUCUGUUGAAGAAGGUUUUCCAUCUUGGUCUUGUAGCUGGCCUUCCCCUCUCUGAUCUUCUUCAGCUCCUUCUGCACCCUCCUCAGCUCCUUCUUGUCCCCAGAUUUAAAGACCCUCCUCUUCUCCUUCAGUAGGACUUUAAGUUCCGGGGUCACCCAAGGUUUGCUGUUGGAGAAACACUGUACUUUCCUGGUGGGUACGGUGUUCUCAACAAAAAAGUUUAUGUAGAUUGACACUUAAUACAGCCUGUGGGCGUACGGAAAUUAUGUAGCUGUUUGGGCGGAGCAUCAUCACAGCAACUCUCGGCGACUCUCCUGCCAAAUGUGAACAAUGCCGCCGCACAUGUGGUGGUUCCAGGAAGUGGAGAUAAUCCUGGAAAUACAGAGAGCAAUUCAGCUUCGAAUUCAUAUAAUGACGGAAGACGGAACCAAGUUGUCCAUAGUAUAUACAGUCUAUGAGAAUUACAGUUGAUAUGACGGUUAAUCCUCCUGUUACUUUGGUAUCCUGAGAUCCUGCACAGGUGAAUUUAAAAGCAGUAUGUUUGUGUCUUCUUUGCUUUUGCCUCUUAAUCUCAGAUAAACUCGUGUACUCUUUAGCUAACUCGGUUUCCUGCCAGCGUCUCCUCUGCUGCAGAAUCUCAUUUGCAUCCUUUUUACAAACUUUUAACUCAAACUUAAGAGCUCAGUUUGCAAAAAGAGUUGAGGUAAUUUUGCUGUCUUCUUCUCUUCUUCAGGGUAUCCGGAGCACAUGACUCUGAGUGACUUCAGGUGUCAUUUCCAGGCUUUGUGUCCUCCCAUAAUGAAACGUUACGCCUCCAUGUUUGUCAGCCACGAUGAGAGAAAGGUCAGCAGCUCUUCCUUUCCUCCUUACUCCAUGUUUCUGAUGUUCAGCUCAGAAUUAAUCAUCUCCUUUCCUCUGUUUGGCUCAGGCAGUGGAGGAGCUUCUGGUGGAGCUGGAUCUGGAUAAGAAGAGCAUCGUCGUGGGAGCCAGCAGGGUGAGAUCAUGUUUGAAAUCCUCCGAUCAAACGAACGAUCACGAAUCCUGCAGCAGCGGUGUGUCAUGGAUGUUCUCCCGCUGUGUCUCAGGUGUUCAUGAAGCGAGGCGUGCUUCGAUUCCUGGAGCAGCAGAGGGAUCAGCAGGUCACCGGCUGGUUGGUCCACCUUCAAGCGGCCUGUCUGGGACACCUGGCCCGUCAAAUGUACAGGAAACUCAAGGUUAGACUCUCUCAUGAGAAAAUUAAGAUCUAUAGCUGAGACUCUCCUCACACGUUUCGUGUGUGUGUGUGUGUGUGUGUGUGUGUGUGUGUGUGUGUGUGAGCAGGUGCAGCAGAUGGCGGUCAGGUGUCUGCAGAGGAACAUUCGGGCAAUGAGAGUUGCAGCGAGGUGGAGCUGGUGGAAACUUUUCAGCAAGGUGCGUCCUCAGCUCAACGUCAACAUGGACAACGAGCGGUUGAGGGCUAAAGAGGUACACACACACACACACACACACACACACCCUCGCACACACUGUGUCACUACCCUCAUAGAUUUAAUCUCCCAUCAGCGAACUUAAGUUCACGGUUCCCAAAAAUGAACUAAUUUAGUUCUUUUUCUCCGAUACUUUGGUGUAAGCUAUUAUUUGUCAAGAUUUUUAACAGAGCCCAUAUAGAACCACAGACAGCGAUUAUUUUAGCUGUUUUAACACUGAAACUACGUCUGAUUAAUCUUCAUAUCCAUUUUUGAAUCCUAAUCCAACCAGGUUUACAAUAACAGCCGUCAGAAUACCGGCGUUUCCCUGUUUAGUUCAGUCCUCACUAGUAGGAACGUUCAUCUCUAGAGUAUAUUUUCAUAAACAUGAGGAAAACCUGCUGCUUGAAUGGUUUAAAGACUCUUUAUUAGGAUUACAACAACAGGACUGUAGUCCUUAAGUUUUAUUUUCAUUUCUAUUCUUUCCCAAACUGACCUGGAAACAAUUCACAUCAAAUUCCAUUUCAGUCAUACUAAAAAGGAACCAGAACAAAUACUGGAAAUAAUAACAAUUUACAAUAAUGAUAUGAUAUUGUGACAUGAUAUGAUAUGUAUUAUAUCCGUUUAAGGUUUGCUAAAGACGUCGUCGAUGUUCGGACUUGCUUCGGUUUGAUUGUUACCGUCUGUGUCUGGCACUGACUUUUACAUCAAACUCUUUUAAAUGCUCAGACGAGUCUGUGUGCUCCGGACAGCUAGUGCUACCUCCCUCGUUCACCGCUACUGAAGUAGUGUUGUGUCGUUCAUAAACGUUUAGUUCAAAAGAAUAGAACUGCUGAGUGAACGACGUGAAUUGAAUCACUCUGAGACCUGAUUCGUUCCUUUCUCAGUUCAGUUGAGCUCAGCCGUGAGCCUGGUGUGUCGGUCAGGAGUGGAACUGCUGCCUUUGACAACACACAGCCAGCCAGCGGGCGGAGUCUUGUGAUUUGCUCACAGCGAAUGAACGAUAUGCAUCAGCCAGUCAGUGAACGAAACGUCUGUGAACAACAUGUUUCAGUCUGUGAACAAAAUGUUGAACAAAACGAACUUCCGAACGACUUGAGACAGGCAGAGGAGGGAGGGGUGUAGCGUCGUUCACUUAGUGCUGCGCAGCGGUUCAUUCACUGAGGCUAAGAUGAAACAGGUCAUUAUAGUGUCUUUACAUUAAUACACGCGUAUAAACUUUCCUGUAAGAAGGAUUUAAUUCCAGCCGAUUAAAAGAAAUACAAUAUUUCUUUAAAAGUAUCCAAAUCCCUGCUACAGAUGCAAUGUUUAUUUUUAAUCUCUCCACUUUUCUGCCAUAUAAAAGAUCAAUGACUCGUUUAGCAGGCAUGCUGCUCACUACUUUGUUGUUUCCGCUGACAGUGAUACACAGAGAGGUGAGUUUUUCAGAGCAAGGGAGUGAUUCUUCAUGUAUCACCCAGUGGAUGAUGCAGUGACUUCAGCAGCAGGGGAGGGGAGGGGCUUGUUCAAUGAACGAACUCACCGCUGUGUCACUCACUUGUGUACUGCGACGGUAGGACAGGGCUCCAAAGCACUGACUGAUUCAGUGAACGAAUCUUUUGAAUGAAUCGUUUUAAUGAACGGAUUCUAAAGAUUCAGUACAGUCAAAUAAACUGUUCUUCCCAUCAUGUACACUGAAGUUGUGACGACUGACGUAUUUAUUGGAGCGACAGACAGGCUGCUUGUGGUUGCCAGAUUGGUUGGCUUUCCGCUAAAUAUGAAGGCCUGUUUACGGUGUGUUUUAGCUGGUGUUUCGCCUGGAAGACUCUGGACAUCUGGCACACUUAUGAACGGAGUUUAGAACGCCACUCACAGACGCCAGAACGAGCACAUUCAAGAUCAAUGCGUUCAUACACAAAUAAAGCAAGAUACGUUCACGUUCGCCCCAAAUAUGAAUGAGUUCAUGAACAAUGGUUCAUUGAGCGUGUUCAAGCACAACACACACACACACACACACACACACACACACACACACACACACACACACACACACACACACACACGCACACACACACACACACAGUUUGAAACUUUCAUUUAAGAUAAAGUUUAACAUCUAUGAUUUCCAAUUCUUCGUUGCAAGUGGUGAUUCCCACUCCAGAGACCCAGUCAUGUGACUAACCUGUUGGAGAUUCACUUCAUUAGUUUGGGAGAUGUUCCUCCAACCCUUUGACAGGUUUCCCUUGGUCAGCCUCAGGUGGACUGACGCCAUGAAAAAAUAGCGGAUCAGAAAAUAAACGAUCCCACUAAGAGUUCAUAAAACAGACGCCUCAGUCGCCACUCUUUCUCUUCCUGUCAGGAUGAACUAUCGGCUCUGAGACGACGCCUGGAGAAAUCGGAGAAGGAGAGGAACGAGCUGAGGCAGACUGCAGACGGCCUGGAGACCAAGGUUUGUCCUACAGCACACACACACACACACACACACACACACACACACACACACACACACACACACACACACACACACAAAAGGCUCAUGCUGUUGUUCUUCUGUGUAGGUUACAGCUGUGACGUCAGAGCUGAGUGAUGAGCGUUUCCGUGGCGACGCCGUGGGUCAGGCUCUGGAUGUAGAGAGGGCCGAGAGACUACGACUCAGCAGGGAGAACAAAGACCUGCAGGUAGUCCGAUUUGGGGGGGGGGGGGGGGUAGUAAAAGUAAUAAGUGUCGUUUAGCCUCCAGGAACUGUAAAACUGUAAACUGGGAUUAAAUCUGUGAAACAGGAAAUCAGUUUGGACCAGGUAGUCCAGGUGGUCCAGGUAGUCCAGGUGGUCCGGUUCUGGUUUUUAUCUAGUGAAACUUCAAGUUUGUUUUGUUCACACUUCAGAGUAAGAUUGAGGAAACUGUUUCAGGAUUAUUCUGAUCCCAGAGGAGGGCUGGAUUACAGGUUCAGGUUCAGAUUCUUUAAUUUGUACUUGUCGGUAGAUUUGUUUUUCUUUGAGCUGAUGAAGUUUCAGAACAAACAGAAUAAAAAAAACAUUAAAACAAACAACGGUUCAAUAAAGACUUUCUUCAGCUUAUUUAAGCAGAAUUUAAAUCUGAGAGAAUAAAAUCAGUAAAUCAGGCACAAAGAUAAUUAUCAACUAGAUUAACAAAAAUUAUACACAACCUCUGGAAUAAACCAAAAUAAAAUAAAAACCUGGUUAAAAAUGACCUGGAUUCAUUUCAGGAACAGGUCUUCCAGAUCCAUUUGAAAAGAAAUUGACCCUCCUCCUGUGUUGGGGUCUGCACCGACCCGUUUAAAUGAACGUUUAAAUUGCUUUUUUGCAUCAAGACUUUUUGACUUUGUCAGGAAACUCAAUUUCAACAAAAUAAAAAUAAAAAAUUAAAUUGACUAAAUUAUAAAAUGUUCUUAUUAAAAUUAUGGCACUUGUUGUGUUAGGGUCGCUGUCGACCUGGUUAUAUUAAUAUCAUUUUCAUGGAUAAUGAAGCCUAACAAGGUAACCUAGAGAUGAGAACCAAAUUGGAUGAUAAAGAAUCGUUUUAGUGUAAUUUACAUCAGAUUUAAGACAUGGGUCAAAACUGACCAUUAACAUGGUGAGUGCCUAGUAAAAGCUAACACAGGAGGAAUGUUAAUAGUUUCUAAUCUAUCUGAUGUAGAUAUGGACAAAUCUAGAAUCCAAGAUCAAUGUCACACCAGCUUUGUGGAGGUCCAAACUUGAGUUUAUAAUCUGAGACAAAGUUUAUGCUCCACUUUCAUUUUCGGUUGUUGUUUUAAUUCUCUUUCCUCGAACCUCAGGCUCGUCUGGAUCAGUGUAAGGUCAGCACAGAAACUCUGGAGAAGCAGCUGGAGGAGGAGAAGCAGAGAGUCCAGAUCCUGGAGGGUCAGAGAGGAGCAGGGACAGGUAAUCCUCAGACUACUCUGUGUUUGUGCAGCAGGUGUCACAAAUGUUGGUGUUUUAUUCCUGAAAAUGUCAAGUUUUAGUAAAAGUCUGUGAUGGCGCUCAGCUGAAUAAACACAUUCAAAACUGACAGAAACUGUCAACAUUUGCUCGUUUCAGCCUCGUAAAUGUCAGGAUUCGGUUCUUUGGCAUUUUCAGUGGAAACUCUGAAAUCUGAAAACAUUAAUUUGGCUGAGGAAAAAAAGAAACUGAGGGGAAAAAAACAUGUUUCUGAGGAUGAAAGGUUGUUUUUCUGGCUGAUAGAUCCUCCUGAAAGGAAUAAGAGUUUGAUCUUCCCAUGAGACAUAAGUGAAUUGUUUCAGCAUUUAAAAGGUGAUUCUGUCAUUUUUUUAAAGUCCCCUUCAUGACUUUAUUUGAAUUUAAGACCUCAGAGUUUAGACAAAGGAUCCAGGAGGUCCCCAGUCCAGGUUUUAAGUGACCCUCCCCGUCACCUCAGACAAAGUCACGUCCCUCUCCCUGCUCCUUACACAGACAGCGAGCUGGCCAUGCAGCUGGAGUGCUGCCAGACGGAGGUGGAGUUUGUCCGCCGACGACUGAAGCAGACGGAAGAAAAACUGGAGACGGAGAGACAGACGCGACAACAGCUCGAUGCCAAGGUGAGACAGGACGCCGUGACGUGCACCGCCACGCUGAUGGGCGAUUAAAUCUAUGAGGGUAAUGACACAGUGUGUGUGUGUGUAUGUGUGUGUGUGUGUGUGUGUGUGUGGGGGGGGGGGGGUUAGGUGGCGUCUCUGCAGGCCCAGCUGGAGCAGUCCCGGCGGAGCGCAACAGAGCUUAAACGUCACUGCCGCCGAGUGACCUCCGACCUCCAGGAUGCCCGAGUGCUCACUGACAGCUUGCAGAGCCGCAUGCAUGAGCUGGACCGCAAACAGAGACGGUUUGUGUUUUCAUGUUUACUCUUCCGACUGGUGACUUAUUUCACUCUUUAUAUCAGGUCUGUUAAAACUUAAUCUGCUGCUUAUAAAAUACGGAGUUUAAACAACAUCGAGGUUCGAAAACUGACUGUUUCUCAAAGUUCCUACCAGCCGUACAGACAGAAAAAGACCAUUUCAUUCAGAAGAAGAAGAUUUUUCAAACCAGAAACAAUAUUUUACAAAAUCGCCAAACUCCUCUGACAGAAACAGGAACUUUAUCUUUAAGUUUAUUUGCUGCGUCACAGUAAAAGCACAAAAACAGAUUGACAUCUCUCUACUCUAUCAGGAUAAUCAAUCAUAGUGCCAGUGUAGGCAGGCUACAAAGUCAAGCUCAGUUAGCUUCUAUACAUCCAACUGACUAAUACAAAAAAGGCUUUUGUUUAUGUAAAGGUGAGGUAGGCAGUCAAUAGCUAUUAGUUAUUGAUGACGUUUGGUAAUAUCACUGUGUUCUCUUAUUUCUGUGUAGUCAACCGUUCUCCGCCUCCCCCAUCCUGAUUGGUUGUGAGGCGGACGCUGCUUCCUCAUGUUGUGAGGCAUGCUCCGCAUCCUUGAAUAACGUUCAUGACAUGGUUCACGAGCCCAAACAAAGUUAGCGUGCUACAAUAUCAGACAGAAGAAACCAACCAGAAAGUUCAGAAAAUUGUCUGAAUCCUCCUUUGGCCACGACUGCCAACACAUGCAAGAAAACGAAGUAAAUACCGGAGACUCUGGAGGAAUAACGGGCAUUUAAAACAGAGGUAGACCGGACAAGAGCUAAUAAGCCGGGUCAACAUCAGCAUGAAUGUUUCAGGGACGCUUCGGGAUCUUGGUGACCCUGUAACCUUUCUGCUGGACAGGUAAACCGCUUUAACAAAGUAAGCCAAGUGUCUGUAACAGAAGUGUUUCUUGUCAAACAGGACCUGCUGCGUGUUGUAGUGCCGCUAAACUGUUGACCUCUGGUCCUGGACUAUGUCACUUUAUCCUAGUUGUAGAAGUCCUGCGAACAUUGUGUUGCUGGUAGUCUGUUGGCAUCUACAGUAGAACCAAUGCUUUUUACUUUCACAUUGACUGGGCCCCAUUUGUAAUUAUCUGAAGUAUUUAUCUGCAUUAUAUCUGAGUUUAAUCGGAAAGAUACGAGCGAGCAGGAGUGUCUGUUUGUGGGCGGGACUUGCUGGAGCAGAGAGGGAGAGAGGAGGAGCUGAGGGGAAAACUGGACCUUCCUGACACUUCCAUAGAUCCUGACUACCCCACCUUUAACAGGCAGUUUUUUUUUUUGUCAGCUCUGAUUGGCUCUAAAAGAACCGCCUAAACAUCUAAGUCACAUAAAACAACCUGAGAGUGGAGGCAUGGGUAGACCAGCUCCUGUACGCUGUGGGGCAGACGACUGAUUUUCUCCUGGAGUUUGGCGUCUUUGUAGAGAGAGAUGAAUUGGCUGUUUCUGGUUGAAAACAAACAUCUUUCUCUUUUUAUGAAUAAAGUUUUUAUCAGUGAAGUUUCAGACAAUCAGAGUUAAAAAGGAUGGUGUCUGAGGAGGAUUAACACCAAAACUUUCAGCAUCUGUGAAUCAUUUAAAAAGAAAGUUAAUGAAUAUCUGACUCAAAUCUGUGUUUUGUUGCGACUCAUUAAUUACUACAAAAAUAACAUCAGCCAAAUGAAAGAGCGAGUUAUCGACUUCAGAAAGAGGAAAUACGCUGCGUCACAAAGUCUCAUUAAAAAUCAGCAGCAUAAAAUUGUUUCCGUCCUCAAAUAUCUGGAGGUACAAAUUGAUAUGAAAUUAAACUUUCCAAAUGGCAUUAACGCUGUGAUUAAAAAUGAAAAACAGAGGAAAACUCUUGAAGUCCUCUGAGGUCAGCUGGAAGAUCCUGAAUGUUUUCCAUCAGAUUGGGCUAACGUCAUUACCGCCCCGGAUAGAAACAGGAUUAAUGAGUGUAUUCGAAGGCUGCAGCUGUAAUUGGUUUGACUUUUAGAGAAGAGUUCAAAGGAGAGAAGGAGCAGGAGGUUUGGAGUGAAGGUCGUCUCCAGGAUGGUGUGUGCAGGUCUGGAUAACAGACGAUAUUACCUGUGAAACAUUUUAAUGACGGGACACUCUUUAUUCUUUCUUUAUUCUUAAUUCAGAGCCCCAUUAGCUCCUGCUGCCGCGGUCACUGAUCUUCCUGGGGUCCACAUAAAACAUAAAACAUUACAACAUAAACAACAUACUAUUCAAACAAACAACUGACACACGUCAGGUCAGUCUAAAUCUAAAUGACACAAAACAAUGAUGAGAAAUUAAAAUAGGGUGAAUUACAUGAAUAGGUUGUGCAUCAUGUACAGAAUAUUUAUGUAUCAAUCAACUAUUAAUUAUUCCAGUUGUGUGACCUCCAUCAGUAGUAUAAUAGCUUAUAGCUUUUUUUGAAUAAGUACUUGCUUUUAAUUUGUUUAGUAUUUGCAGAUAAAGAGUUCCAUUUUUGGGUGGCUCUAUGAAUAACAGAUUUCUUGAGUAUGUCUGAAUUUGGUUUUGGAAGACCCAAACACCCUGAACUUACCAUUCUGGUUUGAUGAUUAUGCUUCCGACCUGCAUUGAGUAGUUGAUCUCUGAAGAGGUCUGGCUUCCCCUCAAUGAUUGCAUUUCUAGAAAACUGAACAAGACUAGAGGUUAACUUAGCCUCAACAGUUAACCAUGCCAAACGUUGGGGCAUCCAUAACACAUUUGUUCUAAAAGAGCAGUUAAGUGCUAAUCUAGCUGCUUUAUCUUGUGCCAGCUGGAGUUUCCUUAUCUCCGUUUUGGCCACAGAGGACCACACAACCAUAUAGUACUCCAUAUGGAAGAGAACUAAUGCCUCUGUUACUGCCUUUCUUAUUGAUUCUGUAACGUAGGGAGAACAUCUACGAAACCUCUGAGAGGUUUCUGCUCUUGGUCAUGUGACGUAGAGCUUAGAGGGAUGAACUACGGAAAUCUAUGAACAGGAAACUGACAGUUGAUCUGCUAAAGGAAACAGUUAUUUUCCUGUUCACAAACAAUAAACUUAUGCUAAAAAAUGAUUUUUUAUUAUUACUCUGAUUUAUUAGAAAAAACAGCAGACAUAAACAUGGCUUAGAUUGAUAUAAUUAGGAUAAUAAAAUGAUAAUAAAACUAUAUAAACAGUUUAAAAAUGCUGCAAAGACCUUGGAUAGAUAUUAUAAAGUUACAAAGAUGGUUUAUAAUCCUAUAUUACAUGCUAAUUGCUACAUAAAAGGUUAUAGAGCAUUUGUAUUUGGAUGGGUAGUUUAAGGUGGCAGUUCAGGUCUAAACUCCCUUUAAACGAUUGAUCUACAGUAUACUGUAUAAAGCAAACACUGAUACUGAUGAAAUGGUUAUUUUUAGGUUCAAACUAGGGCUGCACAAUUUUGGCCAAAAAUAAAAUCCUUUUUUUUCUUCUCUGAAAACUCAACUUUCCAUUUUGAUUUUUUAUCCAGUGACAAUUUCACCAAACUUCACUUUAAUAAAAAGUUUUUCUAUCCUCUCUCAAAACCAAACCACUGAAAACAAUGUAGUGCAUAUGCCAAGCCAGUAAGUGGCGCUGUAAAACUGCACAGGAAAUGCACAAAAGACAGAAGAAGAGUACAGAUCAUGUGUAGAAUAAGGGUGUGGAAAAUAAUCUUAAUUAAUCGAUGCAUCGAUGCGCAUGUGCGCGAUGCAACUGCGUCGGCUCAUUCACUGGGUAUCGAUGCAAUUGACGGGUUAAAUCUAGAUUCAUCUAGAUGGUGGGUAUCGGUAAAAUCCGAUGCAAGCACCGUUUUAUUCAUGUUAAACUUCACCCCAUCUGCUGUCCCCCAGGCGCAUUGAAUGCACCAUCAUUAUUUCACGUUUUGUAUUGAAUACGGACGGAAGCCGUGAGGGACAUACAAUGCACUACUAGUAAAACAGCAUGGACCGCAUUCAAGUGAGCAGCAGCGAGGAACAGUUUAUAUGUAAUGCACCCGCUACGUUUAAAUCAUAUGUUUGGAAACACUACGGAUUUGCAAAGAAAGACGAAAAGCUCGACAAAACGUCCGUCAUUUGCAAAGAAUGCCGCGUUAAGAAGCCGUACAACGGCAGCACGACAAACAUGCAGACCCACUUAAAAAGAGUACACCACAUCACCGACAAGUCUAACGCCACCUCCCCUCCCUUAACAUUGAUUGCACUGUUGAAAGUGUCACUUUAGGUUACUCAUUGAGAGUGUUUUGUUGUUGCUGUUUACUGUACUUUUUACAGAAGUAAUUAUUGUGUAAUUGUUUUACUCUUUUAUUAUUGCAGAACUCACUCAAAUCACUGAUUUUGUGGCCAGUUAGAAAGUCAACUCUAGCACAUUGGUUUGGCAGACAGUAGUAUGGCCAUUGAAUGGUUUAUUUGCACCAUGUUAGGCAGUGCAUUAGUUGUUUAAUAAUGUGUACUGUAAUAUUACCCAACAAGUAAAGAGCACUUGUGUGAUGUAGGGUUGGGAUUGGAAUCCUUUUUUUUUUUUUUUUUAUUGUAUUUUAUUGAUUCAGAUUCCUUAACAGUUGCAGGAGGUCUGUCUAAUCUGUGUAACUGUACAAAAUGGAACCCAAAGAAGCAUAGAAAAAAGACAAACAGCACUUUUGUUGAAUUAACUGCCAAGUGCCUUUAAGGAAUAAAGCCAAAUCCUUUUUGUAGUACCAUACUGAAUUCCAUCUUUUAUUUUUAUUUCUUUUUUUUCUUUGCUUAUUUGCAUCAUGUUGAAUUGCAUCAUAUCGCAACAAAUUGCAUCAUAUCGUAUCGGAUCGCAUUGAUUUGAACUAAAUGAUUAUCGUAUCGUAUCGCAUCAUGAAGAGGGUGAAUCGUAUUGCAUCGUAUCGCCAGAAAAUUCCAUGUAUCGUUAAAGUAUCGUAUCGCUGGCAGUGCAUCGAGAUGCGUAUCGAAUCGUCCUCAGUGCUGAGAUUCACACCCCUAGUGUAGAAAGGUUGUUUUGGCCGAAACGCACCGGCGCCAUAAAAGAGUUACGCUGUGUGUCACAUGAUCGUUUUCAGAGAUGCAGAUAGACAUCCACACGGAGAUGAAAUGGUAGUUGUUUACGGAUUUAUGCGCUCUCUGACCCGUUUUCAAAAAGUAACAUUUACAGUCACCUGAAACGCAGUUUCCGUGUGGAUGAAACACAGAUACAACAAAACAACUUAAGCAUUUCCUCCUGAAUUUGUUUCCGUGUGGACGGGUUGAUAGCGCUUUCAGACAGACUUUACAGCGGGGAGUGGUUUGUUGAAACUGUGAAGCCGUACCAAUUCGACAAAACUGACUUACUCUUGUCCUAUUUAACCACAAAAUUAUCGCCAUCUUUUGAAAACGCCAUGUUUGUUUACAUUGGUGUGUGUGGGAACUGGGGAGCACCAACGGUGGCCUGGAGGCGCGAGACAUGAUAGAGAGGAAAAUCGAUUUGAGGAUUUUUUUUUAACAUCGUUAUAAUAAAUAAACCGAUUACGAUUUAAAAUUGAUUAAUCGUGCAGCCCUAGAUCAAACCCGUCCAUUUAUUACCUAAUAAACUGUUUUCUGUUAAAAAUAUAUUAUAACUAAGUCCUAACUAAGGUUUAUUAUACUUUACUAAUGAAUCAUAAUCAUAAACUGUUGUUACAGCCUGGUAUCCAUUACACCGCUGAGUCAUGAUAAAAUCUUUUUGCAUAUUUUAGCUGACUUUUCUACCUCCUUAAAGUAAACUUUAUUGUAGAAGCCAAAAUAUAUUUGUUUAGGAUAUGAUCUAUAGGUACGUCACUUCCGGGAUCGUCACUGAGGGGUGUGGUUUUGGGAUGUUUGGCGGGUUAUUUAAAUCUCAUCAGUGCAGUCAGACAAUGGUUUUUUGGUAAGCUCUGAUAAUUUCAUCACCAUUUCAUUCAUCCUGUUUUAACGUCAUUUCAGCAUAUCACUUUUUCAUUUGAACGCAACGGUUUUGCAGCUGGAUCAACGUGUUUUCUUUCCUUUUUGGAACAAUAAACCACUUUUUUAACACUCAAACCAGACUGAUAAUUGAAUGAGUCACGGAUGCAAGUGAACCUAAACCCCAGUGGCCUUUGAAAGCAGUCACUACAUUUAUCAUAAGUUUUUUUUUUAUUUUUUUUAAUUGUACAGGGUAAGUAAGUUAAAGUAAGAUUACAGGUACGAACACCUGAAUGUGCCACCAAAUUUCUGUUUCCUUGUUUGCAUUAAAGUCAUAAAAUAUUCUUAUCCUGUUUAGUCGAGUAAAAAACACUUUCCUGUUAUUUCCCCUGUGUGUGUGUGUGUGUGGGCGUGGGUGUGUGUGUGUGUGCAGGUUUGACGGCGAGUUGACUCAGGCUCUGGAGGAAGCCGACAGCGAGAGAGAGCAGAAGGACAAAGCCUGUCAGGAAAACGCCGCUCUGGGUACAGAGAUAUACACUCUGCGCCGCAACCUGCAGGUUCGGAUUUAUCUGUUGACUGAACGUGAACGUUUAUGCAAACGAAGACGACAAACCGACAGACAAACGGUUGAAAACGUCUCACACUGUUCAGCCCUGCAGUGGAAACUUCAGCUAAAGUAUUUCAGAGUUUAAUUUUAAGCUCUGCGCUCAGCUGCAGUUUGGCGAGUUUAAAAAUGUACAAACAGAAUUUUCUCCAAGUCAAUAAUCCGACUCUUACCUUGUUCAUAAAAACUAGGACAAAGACAGUGGUCCAGUUAAAUUGCCUAAUUGAGCUUUAACUGACUACACUGUGCAUAAAAACACACUGAGUGGGAACUUUGGGCAUGGAUCGUAAAAGGUUGUAAAUAAGGAUGCUAAAUUAAAUUAUUCUUCGUGAUAUUUCUCUGGAAUAAUUAACAAACAAUUAGUAAAAACUCAUUUAGAAAAAAUGUAAAAUUUUCCCACAAAAAAGAAACUAAAUGCUUUUUUUUUCUGAAUCAUAAAUUGAGGCAUUUCUCUGUAUUUUUUAAGUUUCAUCACAAUAUAGUGUAGUGGUUUUUUUAUAUCAUUUUUGCAAAGCCUCGUUUUUUUUCUGGUUGUCAAGAAUGCUUUGACUUUUUAGUUUGAACAUAUUCCCAUUUCUACAGACUGUGCCUUUAAGAAAUUUUUAAGAGUUUAAUCUACUCAACAACUGCAACUGGGAUCGAAAAGACUGAAGGUCCACAAGAACUGAAGCUAAACUCCUAUAGGACAGUUAUCUAUUUUAAAAGUGAACUUUCAGACCAGAUCCAUGUUGAUGCCUCUCUGUGAAAUCUAAAAGCAAACAAGAUUUUUUAUUUUUGUGUUGUAAUUUUUGAUGUCUGAAACGGAAACAAAAAGGGGGCAUAGGUGUCAACUGAAAAAACUGUCCUGAAUGACACAUUUGACUGUCAGAAGUCCAUGGGAUCAAACUCAGGCAUGUAGAGGACAAGAUCUUAAAAGACCGCUUUGACCACAGGGGGCACCAAAGUUGACAAAAACAAAAAAGUUCCUCACUGGAGUUUUAAAGAAUUAUCCCGGCGUAAAAUUAAUUAAGGGUCAAACACACCGUAACAUAGAGUUAGACACCCCCUCUAGAGAUCAGUGUUGCCGACCGUUUGCUUCUUUAGUUAUACCGACUUUAGUAACAACCGCAGGAUAGCAAUACACAGCGGUCUGAGGAGCCAUAAACUUUUCAACUUUGACUAAUUUCUUUAGCAAAGAGAUUAAACACAGCUCACCCACUCUCUUCCAGCAGCCGCUUGUUUGUAGCGAGACCUCAGGCCAGUCCAUUACGGACUACAGCAGGGUGACGCAGCUCAAGGAAGAACAUUUAUGAUAAUUCCUUUAUCAUUUCCUUGAAGUAAUAUUAAUCAUUUUUCACCGCAGACGUGGUAGUUCUUCUGCCUUAGCGUCUCGGUCUGAUUGCAUUUCCAUGAAGAAAUGAGCGGCAACAUUCAUCUCUAGAGGGGGUGUCCAACUCGGUGUUACGGUGUGUUUUACCAUAAAUUAAUUUUAUGCCGGAAUAUCUCAAACAGUCAAAGAUCGUUACAUUCACAGCACAGAAAGAAGAUGAAACUAAAAAGUCUAAAAAUCAAACAUUUAAAAUGAUUAAACUGAAGUGAAGUUUCAUAAAGUUUUCUUGUUUUUAUCAUUUCCUUAGUUUUAUUCUUAGUAUGGGCGUUGGGUGAUAUAACAGCUUCUGAAACUUGAACUCUUUCUUUGUUUCCUGUCUGUUUUCUGACUCUCCUCUCCCAUGAGGCCCAACCAUCCAAAGUAUCCUCCGGUCAGAUUAGACUGUUUAACCCCGAGUGGCCCUGGAGACUCUGCAGUAACCCGAGAACAAACCGAGUCAGUCUGAGCUGGAGGAUGACGAGCCGAGUGUAUCAUACAGAUCUGUGUGGGUGUGUGUGUGUACGCAGGAGAGCCAGUCGGAGGUCAGCCGUCUGCAGAAGCAGAAGGAGGAGCUGUGCGCUCAGAUCCGUGACCUCAGCCUGCCCGUCGAUCUCGCCUCCGAGUCGCUGCCUGAUCUCAAGAAGCAGCUCCGCCUCCUGGAGAGUCAGGCCAGCGAGAGGGCGCAGGAAAUCAGCACGCUCACUGCCAGGAUCCAGCAGCAGCAACAGGUGAUCUCAUCCCCACGUUUCUGGACACCUUCAGGUGAACUCUUUCUCUCUCUUUCUGUCUGUCGUCUGUCUCACCUGGUUUCUCCUCCUUGACGCAGAUCCACAUGCGCUUUGAGAUGGAGAUGGAGCGGAUGAAGCAGAUCCAUCAGAAGGAGCUGGAGGAUAAAGAGGAGGAGUUGGAGGACGUGCACAAGUCCUCUCAGAGACGGGUAUGUCAUCACAUUAGAACUAACAGAUUAAACAGAGGUAGAAAGACUCAGCUGCAGAGCUCCUCACACAUUUAGUUUUCACAUCAAGUUUUCUCAGAACUCGGACUGUCAGCUGAAACUUUGAUCCUGGCUCAGACUUAGAUCUGUGUUUGGAUUUCAUGGACAACAGUUUAUGAUUAAGAAAAUCUGCUUGCUAAAAUACGUUGAUCCAAAGAUGGACGAGUCUGUUUUCAGCAGCUCCGUUUGUGGGUGUAUGGGAGCAUUGGCGCUCUAACCAGCAUCAUUCUUUAGAUGUUUUGGUGUGAAAUAUGAGGAUAUUUUAGCCGAAGGAAACUGAAACAUACUGAUAAUGAUUUGGUGUCUGCAGUUUUGUUACAGGCAGAUGGUGUUAAAUUACCACACAAAACUGAUAGAUAAAAACAGGGAGCUGUUGAAGAGAGGCAGCACUAAACAGUGAUUUUAAUUUGGAUGCCAUUUUUAACAUACGAAAAAGGAUAAGGGCCACAAGAAGAAAAAAAAAGAAAUACAGGAGGGAGAUUUUUUUUAUUUCCAUUUCAAGAUUAAAGUCCAAAUUUUAAAAAAGUCAAAAUUUCGACUUUAUUCUCAAAAUUUAGAUUUUUUUAAUCUCGAAAUUUUUACAUUAUUUACGCUAUUUUGUAAUCAUGAAAUUUCGACCCUGAUCUUAAAAUUUAAAAAUUUAAUCAUGAAAUUUCAUCUUUGUUGAUAUAUUUUCGAUUUUUUAAUCUUGAAAUUUUAAUUUAAUCUUGAAAUUUCGUCUUUAAUCUCAACACUUCAAUUUUUGAUCACGAAAUUUUGACUUUAUUAACAUAAUUACUGUAAUCUCAAAAUUUUGAUCUUGAAAUUUUGACUUCAUUGACAUAAUUUAGAUUUUUUCAACUCGAAAUUUUGACUUUAAUCAAAUUUUGACUUUGAUCUUGAAAUUUUAUCUCCUUCCUUGAAUUAUUUUUUUUUUCUCUUCAUGUGGCCCUUAUCCUCUUUCGAAUUGACAGGAGAUAAAAAUGACAGCUGAGUCACCAGAGUGUGACUCAAACACUACAAGGACAUGUGAAGGUGAUUUAAGUCGACUCAGAUGAGCUGACAAAUUUUUUUCAGGUUUUCAGGGAUGAACACAAAAACUUGAUUCUCUGUUUUAUAAUUCAGACCCACAACAGCGGCCAGUGAUGUUGAGUCUCUCCUGCCGACUCUAACCUUAAGUUGUUGUGAGGUAACAAGUAAAACCGAACGAGUGUCCAAUAAAACAGCCGUGAUUUUACAGAACAGAGGGUCACUCUGCAUAUCGAGACCAUAAAGUGUUUAUUAGAGGACCGGACCAACAGAGCAGGAGGCGGUUUUAUUUAGAAACUCUUCUGCACAUGCACACGAGCUUGGUACCGGUCCAAAAUUACUCGUACAUACGCGUUCUUCAGACUGUGAGGUCUUCUCUGUCAGACGGGAGCAGACGAGGGGAUGGAUCUUGCUGAAUCCAUGUUUCCAUCAUGUUACGCACAGACUCAAACACAGACUCCACCUAAAAGAGAUUCAUCAAAGUGACUUCAGAAAGACGGACAUCCAAGACCAAUCAACAAAGUGCUUGACGUGUUUCAGGUCAUAAAGGUGGCUCUAUAGAGGUGCACGGGCUACGUUAAUUCAGGAAGUUCUCAUCUGUGAGCACAACUUCAGACCAUAAAACUGGAUCACUUUAAGACACAAAUCCAGAUUUAAGAACUCGUGGAGCCCCACCAGAGGCUGUUGUUAAAGUUUUAGUUUUAGCACCACUUUAGUCGACUGAACAGGAAGAACAUUCGUCUGACUGACCUCCAGGAAACCACUACAUUUAAUCACCACCACAAAUCAAGAGUUUCUCCUAAGUUUGGCCGAACCAACAAGGACACAGAGAAGAUAAAAGAAAAGGCCAAGUCUCUCCAAACUGGUCCAAACUUUCUUUCCUCUGGUCCAUCAGUCAGAGAAAUCCUGCCGAGCAGAGAUCCAGGCUGUGCAGCAGUGAAAACUAAGAGCGGGCGUUGUGUAAGAGAGCAGUAUUGUGUUGUCUGCGUACAGAUGGCUCUUUCUGAAAUGUCCUUCCUCAGCUGAAAGAAUCCUUUUCUUUUCUCUGAAUCCUUUUCUUUUUUCCUCUAACUUCAUGAUGUUACACAACCAGACAGGCAGACAGCAGUUACAUCAUCACCUCUCUGCAGUUAAUACACAACCAAGUAUCUGACAACAGGUGCUACAGUGACACCAUUACACAAUCAGAUCUGUGACACUUCCUGUGCAUCAGAUUCACACGUGAUUAGGAGUUUAACCCAAGAACUGUAAGUCAUCAGGCCAAAACAGAAUCGGACCUGACCUGAUGAGACCCAGGUUCUCUCUGAGUUUUUAGGUUUGGAGGUUUGGGCCCCUGGGGUUCAGACUUGGUGGUCUGGCACAUCUCACAGGUGCUGGAUCGGAUUGAAUCCAGAACUGAGUUUGGCCUUUACCCCUAUGAAAGACUCCACAGCUGAUCGCAAGAGUUCUAUUUUUCCAGGCGCUGCAGCAUGCCAGAUAAAUUCAGCACAGAUUAACCCGUGCUGGAAAGGAAGUCUGGCACAGACACAAAAUAAAACAACUGGUUUAUUUUCAAAAUAAAACACUCUGUGUUUCAGGCGGAUCGUAUUUCACACCUUGCAAACAAGCGGGGACCCCAAUGACACCAUGGAUGAGGAGAUGCUUAUUCUAGAAGUCUAGAAGUGGAUUUCCUUCUCUGGAAGGACACAAUCUACUGCUGAUAUGGUUAGCCUAUGUGGUUAAAGACAACUUGUUCUUGUGCGAUUGCACAUGAAUCCGCAGUUCUUGUGAGUUCUUGCAAUUCCUGCUGUCCGUAAUCCGCCAAAAAAUUCGCCUCACAAAUGGAUCCGGUAGGAAUUGGUGUAUGGCGAAAAUCAGAGCUGUUCUGUAUCUGAGCCGUUCCGUAUGCGGUGGAAAUACCGGAUAAGAUCCAGGCAACCCGAGGACAACUAUGGUGUCCAUACUUUUCCACCUGGGUGAUAGCAGACCCAUCCAUCAGUAAACCCCGCCUACAGUCAACCUUACAACAACCAUGGUUCUGCAGAUGUGGCACCUGAAUGAAGGGAGCUCCCUCUUCACCACAAGGCCCACCGUCAGCCUCCUAUGAGAACCAGGCGAGAUGAUUGGUCCAUAAGAGCUUCUCUUCCCUCCUGUGGUCACUUGGCUCAUCAUAACAGGCCAACACCCUGAAUAUGUUCAACAUUAUCCACAUGACAUGACACAUUCCUCCGGGUCACUUUCUGAUGCUCACGUCUCCAUUAGAGGAGCUUUCAGCAGUGGAGAGGGGUCUGAAUGGACCCCUGGGCCAGUCUGCAGCUGCACAGACCCAGACCCAGUAAACUGACUCUUCUCUGUACGAACUGGCAUUGACUCCUCCAGCUGGAAAAACUCUUGGAGCUUCUCUACUGGAUCAGACAUCAAUAAGCCUUGACUCUAGUGUUGUGUCGUUCAUAAACGUUUCGUUCAAAAGAACAGAACUGCUGAGUGAACGACGUAAAUGGAAUCACUCUGAGACCUGAUUUGUUCCUUUCUCAGUUCAGUUGAGCUCAGCCACGAACCUGGUGUGCCAAUCAGGAGUGGAACUGCCGCCUUUGACUCUUUGGUGAAGCAGGCUGGCUGGCUGGCGGAGUCUCGUGAUUUGCUCACAGCGAAUGAACGACAUGUAUCAGUUAGACUGUGAACGAAACAAACGACUUCCGAACGACUUGAUGCAGGCAGAGGAGGGAGGGGUGUAGCGUUGAUCACAAACUGCCGAGCAGCGGUUUGUUCAAUGAGGCUAAGAUAAAACGGGUCAUUAUAGUGCCUUUACAUUAAUGCAGGUGUAUAAACUUUCCUGUAAGAAGGAUUUAAUUUCAGCCGAUUUAAAGAAAUACGAUAUUUGCUAUAUAUCUUUAAAAGUAUCCAAAUACCCACUACAGUGAUGUUUUAAUUUAUUUUUAUAUAUAUUUAUAUUUAUUUUUAAUCUCUCUACUUUUCCGCCAUAUAAAAAAAACGACUCGCGCUCCUUUAGCAGGCGUACCACUUGCUGCUUUGUUGUUUCCUCCGACAGCGAUGCACAGAGAGGUGAGUUUUUCAGGGAAGGGGAGUGAUUCUUCCUUCAGGACUUGGCAAAUGAACGACAUGUGUCACCCAGUAAAUGAUGCUGUGACUUCAGCAGCAGAGGAGGGGAGGGGCUUCUACAAUGAAAGAACUCGCCGCUGUUUCACUUACUCGUGUACUGCACCGGCAGGACAGGGCUCCGAAGCACUGACUGAUUCAGUGAACGAAUCAUUUAAAUGAACAGAUUCUAAGGAUUCAGUCAAAAGAACUGUUCUUCAUGUCACUACUUUACUCUGGUUAAUUCUCCUUGGACCCUUUUUGGUAGAUACUAACCCCUACAGGUUAGGAACAGUCCAAAACAUCAAUCUAAUCAAAGAACUCAUUAGGAGUCAUCAAAUCCAGCCCCUCUUGAUAUCGUAACAUGGAUCGUGAUGGUCAGUCGAGUACCGCCGGUCUGCCUCUUUGUUCUGGUCUAAUCUGGCUCCCUCUCCACUCUGGAGUGCCUUUGAAUCUCUGCGUUAAUUAAAGUUUCUUUCCUCUGCAGACUCUUGUUGGUUUAUUGAGUUCAUGGUUCGAAGGUUUCUGUUUGUUAAGUUAGUUUUUUAUGUUCGAUGAUGUUUUCAUGCAUCCUGCUGCAGCAGGAAAUCUGCUGUCAGGGGCAAUAAAAGCUUGUUCCUGCUGGUCGUUCAUCACUCUCCUGUUUCCUCUGUGUGUGUGUGUGUGUGUGUGUGUGUGUGUGUGUGUGUGUGUGUGUGUGUGUGUGUGUGUGUGUGUGUGUGUGUGUGUGUGCAGCUGAGGCAGUUGGAAAUGCAGUUGGAGCAGGAGUACGAGGAGAAACAGAUGGUGAUUCACGAGAAACACGACUUGGAAGGACUCAUCGCAACUCUGUGCGAUCAGGUACAACACAACACAACACAACAGACACAUACACACAGACAGGAACACAGGUCUGUUGUUGAAGGACCGUCUCACAUUUGUUCCCGACCACACAUCCAGCCAAGUCUCCCGCGACAUAGAUCAUUCUUAUUGCAGGUUAAUGUUCUCCGGCUGAUGAAUGUGUCAUUUCGCCAUUACGAGCGCCACAAAACAAGCAUAUGCAGCGAGGCGUCGGCGGCUGAUUUAGCGCUCUGUCUCCAUCACUCUGAGGUGGUAAAUGGACUCCUGAUGGCUGGGAGGACCUGGUCCAGAGCCAAACUGUCAAGUUUGAGUCUAUUUAAAGGGGCGUUCCACUAUUUUAAACCUGUUGCGAUGACAGGCGAAUGUGCCCAAUUCUGAGACAGAGUAAAAUGUUCAUAACUAUUGAUUUUGAAAUGUUUUAGGCCCCUCAUUUAGAUGAAAAUAGUAAAAUGAGGACAAAUCAAAAUUAGAAAAUGAAAUAUAUUCUUGUUUAGCAAAAUUUUGUUGCUUAUUUUAAGUUUUUAUACCAGUAACAGGUUAAAAGUUUGCACGGAAUCGACAAAACAAAAUAAACAAAAUUUGACAUUUAUUUUUGGAAAUUAUGGAUCCAUUUUAGGGCAUCUGAGGGGUCUUAAAACCCCACUCCAAUCGUUUUUUUUUUUUACUACUUAAAGUGUUCUCAGUGGUCUUUAAAUUAUGAUUAUAAAGUUUUUAGCCAAAAUCAUGUUACCUGCGUCAUUUUAAAGGGUUUUCUUCUGCAGCACUCCAGUAGCUCAUUAACAAUUCGCCUCUGAGUCGUGGGCAGAGACAGCGCUGCACACUCCUCUUUAUGCUAGCUUGCAGCCUAACAUUGUUGAUGUAGUAGAAGUGGCAGGUAACAUAGAAGCUGUUCAGCUCUCAGACUCUAAUGUCUUUGGAGACAUGAUGAAAGUUAGUAUCAUAAUUAGCUUUCUUAUGAGCAUUUCAAUCCGCUAACGCACACGCUUGUUCCAUGAUUGUCCUCUCUACUUCUCUGAGUCUCGCCUGCAUAGCAAGGCUCCGGGGGCGGAGCUUCGAUUUGUGACUUAGGAAAUCUCGCUGUAUCUGAACCUGCUGUUUGGGUCUGCUAGAGAUUCAAAGCAAUUUGAAUGCAGAAAAACUCAGAAAUUUAGGACAUAUCAUAUUUUUCUCAUGAUAUGUCCUAUAGCAUCAGAAAAAUACAAAAGAGGAUUAAGGAAACUAGAACAGAACAAAAUAAUUACAGUAGGGAAUUUUUUUUAAAUUUCCAUUUCAAGGUUAAAGUCAAAAUUUCUGGAUUAAAGUUCAAAUUUAGAAAAGUUGAAAUUUCUACUAUAUUCAUAUAGACUUUAAUCUCAAAUUUUUAAUUUCUAUAUCAAAAUUUUCCCAGUAUUCAUGAUAUUUUAACAUUUUGUAAUCUCGAAAAUUUGAACUUUAAUCUUGAUAUUUCAAUUUUCAAUCUCAUAAUUUCGACUUUAUUGACAUAAUUUUUAGUUUUUUUUAUCUCAUAAUUUCGACUUUAAUCUUCCCUGUAAUUAUUUUUUUUUCUCUUCAUGUGGCUCUAAUCCUCUUUUGUAGAAAAAUGCCAUAUGAACAUGUAGACAACAAGAAAAACAUGAUUUUGAUCAGAUUGGGUCUUUGACUUGUUGAAACCUGCGGAGACCCUGAUUAUCCAUGCAAAGAGGAACCGCGUGUAAACAUUACCCAGAAACUCCCUGAGCCCAGCGAAGGUGGACUGAGGUGAAGUGGAAAACUGUCCCAUAGUCUGCUGAAAAAAUAUUCAAUACUGUGGUUUCAACUUUUAAAAGGAGAAUAAGAAAAACAAAGAAAGAAAAAUAAACUUUUUAACCCCAGAAAAAUUUGGUUUACCUGCUCCCGAUCAAUGAACGCAUCAUUUUCUUCACCCCUUACAUCUCAUAUUUAAACCUUAAAGCCAUGUUUUCUCUUAAAUUUCGGGUUUAAAUUAUUUGCAAACCAUUAGCAGCUGUUUUCAUUCAGAUUUAGAGUUCCUGUUCCUGCUCACAGUUCUUGUUUUUGGUCUCUGAUUAUAAUGGAGGAUCCUUUUAACGGAUACUGUGAGGUUGUUAUAUAACUCUCUUCAAAGCAGAAACAGUCGUUCCUCUGAAGGUCAGGCUGCUGUUUUGGUAAAUGGAGUCUGGUGGUUUUCAUGUUGUGUCCUCAGAUCCUCAGAAUAAGGCUGUCGUGCUCAUCUUACAGGUCGGCCACAGAGACUUCGACGUGGAGAAGAAGCUGAGGAGAGACCUAAAGAGGACAAACGCCCUGCUGGCCGACGCCAAGCUGCUCCUCUCCACUGUGGACAACCCGGGACAGAACUUCCCCAACGGUAGCAGGGAGCAGAUCGAGCGCCUGCACUGUCAGGUACCGUCAUCACCUCACCUGUACGGUAAUGUGACUCUCCUUCAGGCUGUCAGAGACAUUCACUCAUGCACUCUCUUUCUUUGUGUUUCAUCUCUUAGUUUGAGGAGAGCGAAGCGAGGCGUCUGGAGGCGGAGAGCAUUCAGACGACGCUCUCUCAGGAGCUGGAGAACACUCAGAUCGAGCUGGAGAAUAUCUGCAAACAAAAGAGUGUGGUGAGUGUGCAGACGGGCCAAGGUCUGAAACCUGAAACACAAUCAUGAAGAGACGGAACGACCGAGAGAGAUUCUGAGCAUGAUCAUAAAAUAAACCGGUUAUUUUUUUUUUAAACUUAUACAAGUCAGGACCGCAUCAGUCCAGGUUUUCAGCAGGACUCCUCUCCAUAUUGUUGUAAUCCCUGUUUGGGAUCAUAUGAAGGUCUUCCCUGAAAAUGGAUGGUAGCAGAUAUUGCUCCUAAACAUGGAGAUAUUGUUUAAAACUGAGGAUGCAGUUGUCCUUUCCAAAAGAGGGUCAGAUUGUGAUCCAUCAGACCAGAAGACAGUUCUCCUCGUUCCCUCAGUCCACCUAGGGCUGGGCGAUAAAACAAUAACGAUAUAUAUCGAAAAUUUCCCUCAAUAUCAAUAUAAAACAUGGUCAAUAUCCUUUUCAAUAGUCAGCAUUCUGCCAUAUUUUGGUAGACUAUAUGAAUAGCCAAUGAAAAGAAGAGUUGUUCUGGGUCCACUUCAUGCUAAACCAACCAUGUGCUGAAUUAGAACCAAGUAUCAAACAACUGCGUCGUAGCAGACAGCAGCUACAUGCAACUAUAGCACUUUAACAGGUGAAGCCGACAGCACUGUUUGUGAGAAAAAAAGAACAUGAGUGCUACCCCCGACAGAAAUGACGAUGAAGGAUGACGACAUCGUCGAGAACACUGACACGAAAACGUCGGUGAUGUGGAGGUAUUUUGAUUUUUUGAGGUCGGACAUGAAGCAGAGUAAUGUGUACUAAAAAUUAUGUUGAGUACACGUUCUCACAAAGUCGGGGAAUACCUCAAAUCUUUUUCACCACUUAAAGCAGCACCACGCCGCAGAGCACGCGCAACUCAAAAGGUUACAAACCCCGAGGGGAGCAAGGAGCCCAUGACGCCUGUGCAGCCGAAACAGCCGACCAUUCAGUCCACUUUCUCAAGAGCAAUGCCUUACGACAAAACGUCAAAGAGACACAAAGACCUCACAGAUGCAGUAGAUUAUUGUAUUGCAAGAGAAAUGCUACUAAUUAAAACUAUUGAAUUUCAUUUUUAUAUUGUGAUAUAUAUGAAUAUUGACUGAUGUGAAAAAAAUAUAUCCUGAUAAACUUUUUCCCAUAUCGCCCAGCCCUAAGUCCACCUUAAAUAGACUCAGGUCCAGAGAAGUCUCUGGUGUUUCUGGAUCCUGGUUCUAUCUGGUCUCCUCUUUCCUAGUUCAGUCUGAUCCUCAUUAGUAGAUGCAGUAAUGAACUAGUUUGAAGUGGUGUGCAUUAAACCAUAUCAUUAUUUAUAUUCAACACAUGUAAAUGUGACUCAUGAACAUAUCUUUUUCUUUUUUCGUAACUUUUUUCAAAUCUGUGUUUCUUCAUACUUUCAUUUCUCUUUGUAUGUCUGUAUGCUGUAAAUUUGGAAGUUCACCCUGUGGGACUAUUAAAGGAACAUCUCAUCUUAUCUUAUUAUGUUCUGUGUCCUUGUUUCUCAGGUGGAUGAACAGUUUGCUCUGCUGCAGCACGAGAAGGUGGACCUCCUGAAGAGGCUCGAGGAGGACCAGGAGGACCUCAAUGAACUGAUGAAGAAGCACAAAGCUCUCAUCGCUCAGGUACGGCUCUGGAUUCGAUUUAGGGUUUGGACUUUUGGUGAUCGGAAACUCACGCAGAACUCAAAUGUGCAUCUCUCUUCAUCUUCUUCUUCCUCUUGGUUCAGUCCUCGAGUGAUAUCUCUCAGAUCAGAGAGCUUCAAGCGGAGCUGGAGGAGGUGAAGAAACAGAGGCACUCUCUGCAGGAGGAGGUAAAGCGGCUCUGAGAGGAGGUUCAUGAAGGAAAUGUCUCAAUGUAGAAACAGUCUAAUCUGAGAUUUUAAUGGAUUUCUGGAUCAUUUCACCUCUUCGUUACAGAUCUCAGUGUGAUCAACUCUCAUUCGAGGGCGUGAUGGUGCAUUAAUUUGGCUCUCCAAAUGUUUUCUCUCUCUCUCCCCCUCCUUCUUCUCCUCCUUGUCCUUCUAUUGCAGCUCCAGCAAAGUGUGUCCAGGGUGCAGUUCUUGGAGUCGUCCACAGUGGGGCGCAGCAUCGUCAGUAAACAGGAGGCUCGUGUAUGUGACCUGGAGAAUAAGCUGGAGUUUCAGAGAGGGCAGGUCAAGAGGUUUGAGGUGAGGAAACUUCAUGAAUCUGGACUUUAAGGCUGUUUGAUCCUCUGCUGGGUUUUUGUUUUAGCCCCGCUAUGUUCUGUUCAGGUGCUGGUGCUGCGUUUAAGAGACAGCGUGGUUCGUCUGGGGGAGGAGCUGGAGCAGAGCGCCCAGGCUGAGGCUCGGGAGAAGGAGAACGCACGGUACUACCAGCAGCGGGUGCAGGACAUGAGGCUGGAGAUGGAGGAUAUGAUCCAGAGGGAGCAGGACAGUAGCCGCAGACGCAUGGAGCUGGUAACUGAACUGAGAGACUGACUGUAAAUAUCUGCUGGUUCUACCCGGUAACUGAAUAUGUGAGAGCAGCCAAGACAGAAACACUAAACAAACCCCUUAACAUCAACUUUUCACUCUUUACAAAAUCACUGCAAUGUAGAUUUUAUCUUCCUUCUGCACAUUAGGCACAAAUACACAUUUCUGCUCCAUUAAGUAACACUAAUAAUCUGCAGGCUGUGCACGUGCAGCAGUAAAACAACUUCUGUUAAAAAAGCAAUUUCCAAAGUUAUACAGGGAAAUAAAAACUCAUUAAGAACAGAAAUAAAGAAACAUCAAACUAACUUUCAUUUAAAAAGCAAUAAAAACAAAAGCAGCAGCAGGAAAAUGGAUCGAAGGGACAAUUUCAAACGACAGCAAAUGUAAGAGCGAAACAGACUAAAAAGGACGAAUGCGUGUAAUUUAGUGUAAAACUGCUCUCUAAGGUUGUUGUCUUAAAUAGUUUGAGCACAGAUCAUGUAUUCAGAGAGCAAGUUCAGCCUGAGCGGCUAUGAGUAAACGGAUGAAAUCAGGAAAUACAGAAACAGGACUUUGAGGAAAACAGGGUCACCUGAGCGGGUCUGGUUCUGACCCAGUCUAUGAGUCACAUGAAUGAUGUUUUUGCUCGUUUACAUCGACCAGCUGAUCACUGUCCAAUCAGCUGGUUAGAUUAAUUUCUUGCACGUCAGAAACUUAUUUUAUAAUUCAAAGUUUAUUAUUUUUUCAAUGUUGCCACAGAAAAACAAACAUCAAACAAGACAGAUGUAAUGGAGGUCAAAAAUAGUACUAAUAAUAAAACAAAUAAAUAAGUUAAUAAAUAAAAGAAAAUAAAAAUAAGUUAGGCAGGUGAGUUGGCAAGGCAAGAAAGUUAAUACAUCUGUCUACCAAAACUAUCCCAUUUUUCUUUUAUCAUAUCAUCUCCCAAACAUCUUCUUGCAUGCUACAGUCCCUAUCAUCUGUGUUCUCCACAUACUCAGUGUGGGAGCUUGGGGUUCCCUCCAACACCUCAGAAUAGUCCGUGCACAUGUCAUUAGACCAGUUUUUAAUAUUCUAAAACUGUAUUUAUACAACAGGGGCACCAUAGUUCUGUCUCCAAGGAGACAUAAUCUUGGUGAUCUGGGAAGUUUGUAAUUUAAUGAUUUACUCAUAUAGUCUAAAGGUCCUUACACACUGGAAACGACACAAAUAUAUGACGCGAAAUUAUGAAAUAUUCGGAAGCGAAUUUUGACGGGCCUGACUAUAUACAUCAAGCCCGAUGCGAUUUUGCAACUUUCCGGGGGGGAAAAGACGCAUCCUGGGUGAAAGCAAGAAGACUGACACAACAGCAGACUGAGUGUUUUUCAGUUCUGAUUAGACACUUGUGUUGAGAUGGCUGUCUGUCAUAAUAGCAUGUACUGAGUCGGGGCCAUUUCUAGAUAAGCACAUUAAACUAUAAUCCAUAAACGUAAGGUAACAACUGAGACCUAAUGGUGCUGUGACAGCAACGCUGUGAUUGAGUUUGAGACAAUGAAAAUACAUAUGGUAUGUUGUAUCUGAACAGGUUAGCUUAUGAGCUAAAGUUACUUAGCACAGAUGAAAGUUAAAACAAAGACGUUUAGCAAACUGUUAAAACACACAAACCAUCGUCAUAUGAGAAAUCUGACACUAUGGGCUCUAUUUUCGUGCGUCCCCUUUAUAUCGAUCUAUUCUGAUCUAUGUCUUAUCUGAUGAGUGCAUUUGGCACGCGUUUGGACACUCCAUCUGACCGAAUUCACACAGCUGAAACCGCAUUAAAAUAAAUAUCCAGUAAACAGUCACACAUGAUGAAGUUAACAAGAUAUUUAAUUCGUCUCCCUGCUUAUCAUUCUUCUUCCUCACGCAGCUCGAUAGGUGUUGUGCCGUAGAAUGCACCCCUGCCGUAGAAUGCACCCCUGCAUCCCAUCCACAUAAGUGGAAGAAAAUGAUCUCAUAUUUAAAAAAAACACGAGUAUUGGAUCAUGACAACAUGUCAAAUGGAGCAGCAAACUUUUGUUCUGUUUUUAGGUAUGUAAAAAAUGCACAUACAGAGGUGUACUUGGGUAUUUAAACUGUACAGUAAGCUGUUAAGGUAGAGAACAUUAUAUUUUCGGGGCACCAAAUAUUCCGAAUCAGAGGGCUAUUGUUUUCGGCUUAUCUGAAUAGCCUGAAUGAAAUCAUUAAAGGCACACGCUUUUGAAUCCAUCCAACAGUAAGAAAAAAUUGGAUUAUUUCGCCUUGUUGUGUUCUUUCAACCGUCAGGGGGUGCAUUCUACGGCAGGGGUGCAUUCUAUGGCACAACACGUGACAUGUAUCCAUGUCCUCGCUCCGUCCUGCUGCUGCUGCGGUGGCACGGCUGACCGCAUGAUUUAUUUUAGUGAUCAGAUGAGUUAUUUACUUCAAAAGUUUGAACAAAAAAAUAAUUAAAUAAAUAAGAAUAUAAAAUCAAAGAAACUUUGAAUCGGAUAAACAACUUUCACCUGUUUAUCCGAUUUUCUCACAUCAUUAAGAUUCUGUAAAUAUUCAAUCCGGAGUUAGGCCCACAUACGAAUAUUAUAAUAAUCAGUUUUGUGAGCCAAAUUUAUUUUAUAUGCCAACAUCUAUGAAAGAAAGAGCCAGGCCACGGAGCGCGAUGCGUCAUUUACGCACAGGUGGUUACGAUUUUAAUGCUAUUAUUGGAAUUUAUAUUGUGAUCUCUGUGCACAACCUAUCUUUGUCACGUGGGGUUUAGAUAUAUGCAACUUGAUGUGAGUGUCUUUAUUUGUGGAAAAGGGUGUUUGUCUUACCAGUGGGUCCAACAUUACACACACGAAAUCCAUCUGUGCUUAUUUGAGAGAGUGUGAAGUACGCCCUCUGCAGUACUUACAGCGACAAUUGUUGAGGGGCUGCCUUCCGUCGCUAUUGUGUGGCAUUGCUGUCUUCAGACAUCUCUUAAUCUCUUAGACUACUGCACGAAAAUUGUAAUACGCCUCGCCGGUGGUGGAUUUAAAGGCAAGGAAAGGGGCUCAUGUUAUUGGUCAAUACAGGUCUCAGCUGUGUUAAACCCACUCCACGCCUUCUCUCUUCCCUUCCAACGACUUACGCCGCAGGGAGGAGCUGAGUUAGGGAGGGGGGAUACUUAUGCCGGGCUGCGCCGCUCACCAAAAUACCAAAUUGUGCUUGGGAACGCCUUGUCGGAGCGGCGGACCUGACUUACGCCGCGCCUGCAGCACGGCACUGGCGAGGCACGAAAAUAGAACCCUAUGACUCUCCACAAGUUGUCCUUCAGGUCGUUAUCUUUGUAAUAUUUGUGUUUUUUAUCAAAGAGCACUCUGUUCUCUGACAUGUAAAAAAUCAACCAGUCGACCAUGUUGGAUAGACCGGUGAAUCUGACGUCACAACAACACAAAAUCUGAUUGGUCAGAAGUGGACACACAGUAUGCGAAACUUUAAAAAUUCGACCGUGAUAUAAAAAAAAUAAAUGCUGCAAUAUCUCAGGAAGGGAAAACUUCGCUGAUGUGAACACUUGUAUUGGCAGGAUACGGGUUUGAAAAAAAAUAUCGACAUCUGAAAUGCAGCUGGGGAUGCCUUUGUGUCCUGAGCUCUGGGUGUCUUUGCUGCUUUGCUACUUUGCUGUCUCUGCUGCAGAAACGUGACUCGACUCCAUCCCUUCCGUAACAAAGAGGGAAGGAUAGGUGAGGAGAUGGAGGAUGGUUCAAAAGUUGGAGCGGCUGGAGCGGCAACUGAAGUAAACAAAGUUAAUGUGGGAGGGGGUGAGCAGCUUAUGGAGUAGUUAUCGUCCAUUUAUCGUUAUCGAGGUGAACUGAUCAGUACCUUGUAAGGUACUGAUAGAUAGAUAGAUAGAUAGAUAGAUAGAUAGACUUAUUGUAGGCAGAUAGAUAGAUAGAUAGAUAUGACUUAUUGUAGGCAAAUAAUAAAACCUGACUGGACUUUGGUCGGCUGUCUGGAGCUCAGUGAAAGCAGAUACAGUUUUCAUAUAAACCUGAACCCGGUGUAGGGGCGUGAAGUCACAGAUUUGUACUUGGGAAGUAGGUUUUAAUGUGGAGAUGAUAGCUGCUGUUCUCUAAAAUAGAGAAAGGAAGGAAAUGUAGAGAAAGAAAUAAAAAAGUCUCUGAGAAAAAACAAACCAAACAACGAGUGAGUAAAACUGUGGAGAGAGGUAGAGCAUUUAAUUUUAGAGGAGAAGAGUCCUGGAAAAACAGAGACACUGCAGACUGUUGAACUGAUCUGAACCCGGCAUCGGUCAAAAAUAAACUGAAGACUCAACAACAGGAGACACCAACAGAGAGUAAAUACUGUAGAAAUGUUCUGAAUUAGAUCAAAUUGGAAUGAUUGGACUCUUUAAAUCGACUGGAGGCUUUUUCACUACUGUUGACGAGAGAGCGAGCGAGUCCAGCGGCAGGAUCAGCACCUUGGAGAGCGCAAAAACCUUCUGCAGGGCUUAAUUUUUGCCCCAGCAGGGUUCAGACUAAUCCUGCCCCGCUGUGCUGGGAUUAGCUCAUGCUCACUGUCUGGAAGUUUUCUCCGGGGUUUUCCGCUGGGAGAUUUUUCCACCGAGGCCUCUGAGUCAGAGAGUACGGCUCCAACUUGACUCCAUUUAGAUUUAUAACCUUCUCCAAGACCGGCUCAGCAGAGUCUGACCUUUUCACUCUGGCCAAGUUCACAACACAUCCCUGAAGUUUAGGUGAAGUUGUUUCCUGGUUUAAAAGAUCAACCUGCUUCUCCAGCCAUCGUAACGCAGCAAAGAGGAGUAUUGAGGAAAACUAGGGGUAGUGAGAAAGAAGACAAUACCUGUGACAAAAUCGAUUCAAAAUUAGACUUUUUAAAAUAUUUUAAGUAGUAGAAGUUAGGGCUGGGCGAUAUGGCCUCAAAUCAACAUCACAGUGAAUUGAUCAGUUCACCUCAAUAAUGAUAAAUGGACGCUAACUUCUCCACAAGCUGCUCACUGCCUCCCACAUUAACUUCGUCUACUUCAGCCUCUGUCAAUCAAUCAAUCAAAUUUUAUUUAUAUAGCGCCAAUUCACAACAGUCGUCAUCUCAAGACGCUUUUCAAAGAACAAGAGCAGGUCUAGACCACGCUCAUUGUUUGAUGAUCAAGACCCAACCUUAGAUGGGUUUUGGCCCAUCUCAACUAACAUGAGUAGCAGUGGCAAGGAAAAACUUCCUUUUAACAGGCAGAAACCUUGGGCAGGACCAGCCUCAUGUUUGACAGCCACCAUGCCUCUGCUCCAGCCGCUACAACUUUUGAACCGUCCUCACCUGUCUUUCCCUCUUUGUUACGGACUGGAUCGGGUGGAGUCACGUUUCUGACGUAGGACAGCGUCUUAAAGGGACAGGAGACCAUAGCCUACCUACACGCAUCCGAAAACUAUUUAUUUUCUUGACACAGAAUAUACUGACAUGGGCAAAAUGACGUCGGUUGUUGUCGUAAAUUUCGAUAUUGGUGAAUUUUCGGUUUAUCGCCCAGCCCUAGUAGAAGUUAUCAGAUUGGUGGAGGUAGUUGCAGCUGUUGCAGCAGUAGUUGUAAAUGUGGUGUUAAAAGUAGUAAAAGUAUUGGCAGUACGAGUCAAAGUAGAAACGGUUGCAGGAGAGGUUGUAGUUGCAGUAAAAAAAGCAGCAGUAGCAGAAGCUGUGAUAGUUUAGGUCAUGAUAUAAAUAGUAGCAGUUAGAGUAGAUGUGGUAGCACUAGAAGCUGUAUUAAAGUAGUUUUAGGAGCAGCUGUGAGUUGCAAAAGCAGGAGAAGUAGGAAUCGCGGUGAAACUUUUAGUCGUAGUAGAAGUAGAAGAAGUAGUGGUAAUAGUUUAGGCAGCAGUAGAACUAUUGUUGAAGUAGUUGUCAGACUUUCAGGGAUUUGUUCAAAGACUUGCUAAGCAGUAGAAGAAUAUUUGAAGUUAAACUAGAAGAAGUAUAAGUACUAGAAAAAGAAGAAGUAAUUCUAUAGGUAGAAAUAUAAAUGGUGGAUGGUGUUAGCAGUCAAAGCAAACUUAAAGGUGGGGUAACUAAAGAUGCUUCUUGAACAGAAUCCGUUAAAGAAGCAUAUUUUUUUGUGGUUUUUAUACAAAAAUAGCUUUUAAUAUCAGUCAGUAUCUUUUAGUUAUUGAUGACAUUUGGGAAUAUCACGAUAUCACCGUGUUCAAAGCCGUUCUCCACCUCCCCAACCUGAUUGGUUGAGAGGCCGGCUAUGUGACAACAAAAUGCGUGCACGAGCGGACCCAAAACAAUCUUGUGACGAUGGCGGACAGUGGAAAGCAGCUGGAGAAGUCGGAGAAAAAGUCGUUUCCUCUUUUGGUCACCACUUCCUACACUCUAAAGAAAAAGAUCAAAAUACCGAGGAGGACUGUAGUUAAAAAACAGCAACUCAAGAAGAAGAGAGGCCAGUAAACAUUGGCUUAGUGUUUGAACGAUGGAGAACUGUGAUUUAAUGUGAUUUAAGAAAUUUUAGAUCAGAUGCGAACUGUGAUUUAAAGUCUUCUUACCUCAGAAGGUCAAAUCGUCUGUUGAUGAAUUGCCAGUAAAUUGGAGCAAUGUGAGCGAGCGCAGGCGUUAGGUUGUGGGCGGGGCUUUCUGGAGCAGAGAGGGAAGGGAAAGGAGGAGCUGAGGGGAAAACCGGAGGGGAGGGGUUGUGUUUACAUUCAAGUUCUCUACCAAAAACUGGUGUUUAUUCAUAUCCUGCCUACCCUACCUUUAAGGAGAAGAGGUUAAAUGAGGUAUUAGGAGUAGAAUAACAAAAGUAGUGGCAGUACUAAUAGAGGUAGUAACAGAUGCAAUACAGCUCACAGUAGACAUGGUAUUGUCAUAGUUGUAAGAGUAGCUGUAGUUCACACAGGAACAGUUACAAAAGCUAAUGUCAAAGUCAUGGAUUUAAAGAAAAGGUGGUCUUCUCCAAAAUCAGGGUUUGGUUUUAUUAAAAAAGACUGUUAAAUUAAAGACGAAGGACUCUCUGAACGCCGUGGUAAAAGUCUUGAGGUUUUACCCGAUUUGUAUUUUCUUCUUUUAUUUCCUCUCCGGUCCCGUUUUUAGUUCAAACUCUCGUUUCAUAAAACCCCAAACAGCAGCAUCAGAAGAAAACCUUUAAGACACAUAAAAACCUCUCAGACCAGAGAGGUGGAUAUUUGCGGCUCACUUCCUCCCUGCCCACAGAUCACCAGCGCUCCACUUCGGCCCCGGCUCAGGCUGCUAAAUAUAAACCCCAAAAAGUAUUACUCAUAUCCGAGCUGGAGCUGAGAGACAACAUUUUAAGCAAGGCCGGUACUUAAAAAAAACCCUGGCAGGAAACAACUUCCUCCAGGCGAUGAUGAUUGAAAGCACACCCUCCCUCCUCUCUCUCUCUCUGCUCUGCUCUCAUAAACAGAAGCAACAGCUGGUGGUUUAUCUGGAUCGUUCCUGCUCAGGUUUGACGAUGGCAGCAGGGGGGAGGGUCCCUGAACACACUCACACACACCUGAACACUCAUCCGUCAUAAUUACUGCUUUGUUCUCAUAAUCGGAUUGAACAAACAGGAGGUGAUCUUGGUGGGGCGGUUUGACAUCAUCGCUUCAGACUGAUCAGAAGAUUUCAGCAAAUUUACUCACAAUGCUCACUGAUUUAGAGAGUAAACAGGAGCUGAGCUUUUUACCACAGUGUCAACAGGAAGAGGGGAGGAGUCAGGGUUACCCCCAAUUUCCACCGAAUCUGGAAAGGCUAUGAAAAGGCCGUAUCCUCCGAUCGUAGCUGAUUGUAACCAUUCAAGUUAAUGUGUCAAUUUCCACCGGCUUCUUUCUGUUCAGCUGCGGCUCGUCGGACUCCACAGCUGAUCACAAGAGUUCUACUUUUUUUCGGACGCCGGAGCGUGCCGGAUAAAUUCAGCACAGAUUAACCCGUGCUGGGAAGGAAGCCAGGCACAGACACAGAAUAAAACAUCCGGCUUCUUCUCAAAAUAAAACACUCCGUGUUUCAGGGGGAUCGUAUUUCACACCAUGCAAACAGAUGGGGACAAAAAAGUGAGAGGUUUUACAGGUCAUUUCACCCCGAUGACACCAUGGAUGAGGAGAUGAUGAUUCUAGAAGUCUAGAAGUAGAAGGACACAAUCUACUGCUUAUAUGGUUAACCUAUGUCUGGCUUUAUUUGUCAACCAGAGAUGGUGUAACCCUUCACACAUAACUGUCAAGGAGAAGUUGUGUUGUCCAGAUAUUGAACUGUUGGCAGUUGCUCUUCGGCCAUAUUAUGUUCCCAGAGAAUUUAGUCAAAUCAUAACAGUAGUUUGAUAUGUAGUCAGGUAAUCACAGAUUACCUGACAGGAAGGCCACAGUUUGUCAGAUUGGGGAGCUGUGUUUCUGGGACAUUAAUGAGCAGUACAAGGGCUCCACAAGGGACAGUGCUGGCACCAUUCCUGUUCACACUGUAUACGUCAGACUUCAAAUACAGCACUGAGUCCUGCCACAUCCAGAAAUGAUGAAACCGCUAUUGUGGCAUGUAUCAGAAACGGACAAGAAGCUGAAUACAGAGAUCUAAUAAGAGCCUUCAGUGACUGGAGUCACAAAAACUGUCUCCUCCUCAACACCUCAAAGACAAAGGAGAUGGUCAUAGACUUCCGUAGAUCCAAACCCCCUCUUCAGCCAGUGAAAACCUGUGGAGUGGACAUCGAAGUGGUGACAUCAUAUAAAUACCUAGGCGUACAUCUGGAUAAUAAGUUGGAUUGGUCUAAGAAUAGAGACUUCAUCUACAGAAAGGGGCAGAGCCGCCUCUUUUGCCUGAGAAGACUCCGAUCAAUAGACAUCUGUAGUAAGACGCUGCAGAUGUUUUAUCAGUCUGUGGUGGCAAGUGUUCUGUUCUACGUUGCAGUCUGCUGGGGAGGAAGCAUCAAACACAAAGAGGCAAAAUGUCUUAACAAACUGUUGAAGAAGGCUGGCUCUGUGGUUGGACUCAAGCUGGACUCAGUGGAGGAUGUGGUGAAGAGAUCUACACUGAGGAAGGUGGAGACUAUUCUCAAAACAUGGAUCCCCCACUUCACAACACCUUGAUGGACCAAAGGGCAAAUGGUGGUGGACGGCUCCUCUCUCUUCGCUGCAGGACAGAAAGAUUUAGAAGAUCUUUUGUACCGACAGCCAUCAGGCUUUAUAACUCUUAUGGAUCCCAACCCCCUCUAUCGGCUGCGCUGAUACAUGAGCUCCAGCCCGACAGCUAGCCAUGAGCUAACAAGCAUCUAGCACUGUAUUUUCAUUUUGCCACCAAAUUUCAACCUUUAAACAAACACAGAGCUGGGGAGGAUAUCGUUUGAGUUUCUGGGAUUAAAUAAACACCCCCGGUCACAUCGGCCAUGGCUGGAACGCCGUAAGAGAGACUUACCUGAGAUUUCCACCAACAGCGGGCCCUCUUCCGGGGCUCUUGCCGGUAAGUCUCCUCCCGUGUUGUCUGAUCUGCUACCUCACCGCUGCGGGCUCCAGGACGGAGCCCUGGCAUGUAAGUGUCCUUCUCGGCACAGUCCAAUUCCUGAUCCAGACUGUCCUCUGUCAGAUCCUGCCUUGUGUCGUUGGCUGCCUGCUGGCUGUUGCUCUUUCUGUUUCAGCCAUGGCUCCAUGCUCCUCUCCAUCUGGCUGUGCCAGCUGCGCCUGUCUGGCGGAAAAGAUCCAGGAGCUGGAGAGAAGGAUCUCCACCCUCUACCAGAUCCAGGGAGCCGAGAAACUCAUGGACACCAUCAUAUUCAGAACACCACAUCCCGACUCCACCGGCUCAUCGUAUCCAGACCCUGCCACUCCCAACACCUCUCCUCUGGCUGCUGCAACCACCUCUCCUCCGCCUGCUCAUCCAUCCCUCUCCCCCGAUGUCUCCUCGACAAGGCUGGGAGCAAAACCCAAGGCUAAACCAGAGCCUCCGGCUAGCUCCACUCCAUCCCUGCAGGAGCACUGGUCCCACAUCACCGCCCACACCGGGAAAACAAGGCUCCCACCUCAGGCUCCCCUCUUCCACCUCCACCUGGAGAACAGGUUCGACACCCUGGACCUCCAUGACUUCCCCCCACUGCCCGUGGGAUCCCAGACGAUGUCCACCCGGCUGUCUCACGGGUCCUCCAGCUCUCCGCCGUCCCUGUCCCAUCCCGUCCGCCCCCCGUGCUCAACCAUCCGCACGCCGGAUCCCUCUGGCGGUGCUCGAUGCCGUGCUUCACACCUGCACCGCGGCUGGCCCGUGUCCCGUCUCGUCUCCGAUGUCCUCCUCGGCAAGUUCCCCCCCUCCUCCGACAUAUUCCUCUCCGGUCACGCAGUCUCCACGUCCACUUUUCCCUCUGACGACUUUCAUUGUGGGCGACUCCAUCGUGAGAAACAUCCGCUUUUUUAACGCUGUCACGCAGUGUUUCUGCGGUGCGAGGGUCCUUGACAUUUUAACACUCCUCCCCACUCUGUUAAAAUCUCUCCUAACUUCCAUCCAGAGAAUCAUAAUCCAUGUCGGUACAAAUGACACGUCCCUCCACCAGACCGAGCUCACGAAGGACCAUUUUACCCAACUUUUUAACUUCCUGUAGAACUGUGAACUGUCUGUUUUUAUCAGUGGUCCCAUUCCCACUUCUGGUCGUGGGUGCGGGCGCUUCAGCAGAGUGUUCAGCUUGCACACCUGGCUCCAAUCAGCCUGCCAAGCCCAUAGCUUUGCCUUUGUGGACAAUUUUAAUCUUUUUUGGAACCGUUCGUCCCUUUUUAAAGUGGAUGGUAUCCACCCGAACACUACAUGUUAGCGGCUUACCUGCAGCACACCGUACACUGUUCACCAUGUGACUGACUAUUUACCCCCCCCCCCCACACACACACACACACACACACACACACACACCCCUCUCCCUCUGUGAUGCACCCACUCACCCACUGUUGACAGGUCCUCUCCAGAGCUCCCCCUGCUGGCAAAUUCUGUCACCGACUCCCUCUGCCACAGGUCUUCCCGUCGUCCUUUUCCCACUCCCAAAUAAUCACAGUAGCAUCCAACUCCUCCCUAUUCCUGUCCAUAUCACCAACAGUCACCACUCUGAUAGAAACACCACCCGGACUGUCAAUCACUCUGUUUUAGCAAGCCCAUACAUGCUGGCUCCCAUCUUCACCAAACAUGACAAUACCUCUGUCAGCUUCGGACUUCUCAACAUCCGCUCACUCACCAACAAGGGACACAUCAUCCACGAUCUCCUCACUGACCGCAAGCUGGACUUCCUCUGCAUCACUGAAACAUGGCAACAACCAAAUGACUUCUCAUCACUCAACGAUUCCACCCCCCCGGACUUCACCUACCUCUCCCACCCCCGCAGCCACGGCCGUGGUGGAGGUAUCGCCGUCAUCCACCACAAGAAGUGGAAGGUUCUACCGCUGUCCCUGCCUCUCUUCUCCUCAUUCGAACUUCUUACACUCCCUGGACCCACUCCCACCAUCAUCGCCACCAUCUACCGCCCCCCCAAGCCCCACACCGACUUCUUAAAUGACUUCUCUGUUCUACUCACCCAUCUAUGCACACUCUCACCAAACACAAUAACACUGGGGGACUUCAAUAUCCACAUUAACAACACCAACCUGCCACUCAUCAGAGACUUCUCAUCAUGCCUGAACAGUUUUGUACUCCAUCAGUUCAUCAACUUCCCGACACACACUAAAGGACACACUCUGGAUCUACUCUGCUGCUCUAGCCUCAUCCCAUCCAACUGCACAACCGAUGAUCUCUAUGUAAGUGACCACCUCCUCAUCUCCUUCAGUAUUCCUCUCUGCCUCUCUAGAAUUAAGUCACCAUGUCUCAUUUCAUUCCGCAAUCUUAAGAACAUAAACACUGACACUCUGCGCUCUAACAUCAACAAUAUUUUGAUCCCGGACUGUUCCGCUACCCCUGAUGAAAUAACAUCCCAUUACAACACUUGUUUAAAUAACAUCCUCAACUCCCUUGCUCCAGUCAAAACACGCUCUGUUUCCUUCUCCACAACUGCUCCCUGGUACACCCCCCAUCUCCUCUCCAUGAAAACCAAAGGCCGCCAACUGGAAAGACUCUACAAGAAAACUGGACUCCCCAUUCACAAAGAAAUGUACACUAACGACAUCCGCCGCUACAAGGACUCAAUUUCUUAAGCCAAGACAGACCACUACUCCGCCCAGAUCAUCUCCAACAAAGGAAACACCAGAUCACUAUUCACUGUCCUCAACAAGUCUCUCCAGCCACCGGACUCCCCCCCCACCUGUAAUCAACCGACACCUGCAACACCCUAAUGCAGUUUUUUAAUGACAAAAUCUCCAACAUCCACCAACAACUGUACUCAGGCUCCCUCCCCCCUGCACCCCCUCCGACCCCACCAACUCCCCUGCCACACCGUCAGUACUUCUCCAGCUUUCUUCUCCCCGUCGACUCUGAAAUCCACGAUCUCAUCCGGAAAUCCAAACCCUCAACCUGUCAGCUGGAUCCCCUUCCCACCACACUGGUCAAAUCAUGCCUCCCGUCUGUGCUUCCUCUCAUAUCUGCCAUCAUUCACUUCUCACUCACCACUGGAACUGUUCCCGCAUCCCUCAAGACAGCAGCCAUCACCCCUAUCCUGAAAAAACCUGGCUCUGACCCCAAUAACUUCAACAACCUCCGCCCCAUCUCCAAUCUACCGUUCACAGCCAAAAUACUGGAAAAGGUCGUCGCCAGCCAACUACACACCCACCUAACCCAGAACUCCCUCUACGACCCCUUCCAAUCUGGUUUCCGCCCCCGCCACAGCACCGAAACCGCACUGCUAAAAAUCACCAACGACCUUCUCACUGCAGCUGACUCAGGUUCACUUUCCAUCCUCAUCCUCCUCGACCUUAGUGCAGCCUUCGACACUAUCUCCCAUCCCAUCCUCCUUCAUAGACUCUCCUCCAUCGGCAUCACCCACACUCCCCUCCGCUGGUUCCACUCUUACCUCUCAGACCACACACAGUUCAUCCAGCUCAAAUCCGUCAAGUCCGACCCCUCCCCAGUCAGUUCAGGUGUGCCCCAGGGCUCUGUCCUGGGGCCCCUGCUGUUUAUCACCUACCUCCUCCUCCUUGGUUCCAUCUUCCGUAAAUUCAACAUUCAAUAUCACUGCUACGCGGACGACACCCAGCUCUACCUCUCCAGCUCACCAAACUCCACCCUCCCACCCACCUCCCUCAUCACCUGCCUAUCCGAAAUUAAAUCCUGGUUCACCUCCAACUUUCUCCAACUAAACAGUCAGAAAACAGAAAUUCUUCUAGUAGGUUCCAAAUUCACCCUAUCCAAAGUUGACAGUCUCUCCCUUCCCAUCGACAGUUCCUCAGUUUCCCCCUCCCCUCAGGUCAAGAGUCUGGGUGUCGUCCUUGACAGUUCUCUUUCCUUCAAAUCCCACAUCAGCCUUACCACUCGGACUGCCUACUUCCAUCUCCGCCACAUCAAUCGGCUCCGUCCCUCCCUCUCCCCCAACACCACCUCCAUCCUCGUCCACAGUCUCGUCACCUCCCGUCUGGACUACUGCAACUCCCUCCUCUUCAGUCUCCCUCACACGUCUCUCCAUAAACUUCAACUGGUCCACAACUCCGCUGCCCGGAUCAUCACCAAAACCCCUUCGUCCCACCACAUCACCCCCAUACUGCAGCAGCUCCACUGGCUCCCGGUCCCUCUACGAAUCCAGUUCAAAAUCCUCCUGUAUACCUUUAAAGUCAUCCACAACCUUGCCCCUCCUUACCUGUCUGACCUCCUCCACAUCGCCACUCCAUCACGCCGCCUCCGAUCCUCUUCCUCUCUCCACCUCACAUUUAAUUUUAAUUGGUAUUAUUUAUUUCUUUAUUUAUUCAUUUGCUAUUGUUUAUGUUGCUUUGUUGAUUUAACUGUUUUGAUGAUUGAUGAUUUUAAUUGUUAAUAGUGUUUUGUUAUUAUUUUAUAUGUUCUGUAAAGUGUCCUUGAGUGACAUGAAAGGCGCUCCAAAUAAAAUGUAUUAUUAUUAUUAUGUAAAUAAUAGAUAACUUUUAUAAACAUAUUAUGUGAGACGACAGACAAUUGAAUUUCCCUUCGGGGAUCAAUAAAGUUCUUCUUAUUCUUAUUCUAAUUCUUAUGUGGCUGCGGGUUCUUGUAAGUUCUAGUGAUCCCUGCUGUCGGAUUCCUACGAAUCCGGUAGGAAUUGGCAGAUGGCGAAUAUUGCCGCCGUUCUGGAUCAGCGCUAUUCCGGAUGCGGUGGAAAUCCCGGGUUACUCCAUGAACCGUAACCUUAUAUGGUUAUGUGGCUGUCUUCAUCGAAACAACUGGUUAUCGCGCAAUUGCACCUUAAUCCGCGGGUUCUUGUGAGUUCUCGCGAUUCCUGCAGUCAGCAAUCCGCCACGAAAUUCACCUCACAAACAGAUCUGGUAGGAAUUGGCAGAUGGCAAAUAUUGCAGCCGUUCCGGAUCGGAGCCGUUCUGGAUGUGGUGAAAAUUGGGGGUUAGGGGUGGGAGGAUAUUGGUGAAAGAGGGAAUGGGUCAUAUCUACCUUCUGCAGAUCUAGACAGAUCAUAGCUUCAGCAAACUUCAUCAUCAGAGUGUGUAAUUAGUGACUUGGUUAAAGGGAUAUUUUGGCGUAAAAUUAAUUUAGGGUCAAACACACCGCAACACCGAGUUAGACACCCCCUGGAGAGAUGAAUGUUGCUGACCACUUGCUUCUCUAGUUAUACCAACUGUAGUAAUGACUGCAGGAUAGCAAUACACAGCAGACUGAGGAGCCAUAAACAAACCUCAACCAAAAGGCCACUCUAUAGCCACAAAUAAUGCUCAGAACAGCACCUAACUUCAUCAACAGGACAUAUAGGGUCCCAGCCAUAGUACUAGCCACCAAACAUCUUUUUAACUUUGACUAAUUUCUUUAGCAAAGAGACUAAACACAAUUUACCAACUCUCCUCCAGCAGCUGCUUGUUUGUGGGGGAGCCCUGACGAGUCGAUCACCAAGUGCAGUAGAUCAUUUCCUUGAAGUAAUAAUCAUUUUGUACUGCAAAUGCGGUGGUUCUUCUGACUUAGCGUCUUGGUUCUGAUUGCAAUUCCAUGAAGAAAUGAUCAUAAAUUUUCCAGAUGCAGAAGCGCUGAAAACCUGCAGUAAUUCGAGUGUCCAUUUGGAGCUGUCUGCAGACGCAACAGGAACCACACACUCACUCAGACAAAAAACAAGCCAAUUUUUACAGCAACAUUUACGCACUAAAACUUAGAUGUAGAAUAGGGUUUGGUCUUCAACUUUAUGAGGUUAAAGAUUGGCCAAUCAGAGGAUGGCUGAUUUGACUGACAGGAAGCUACACAAAUUUACUACACAGGAAGCUCAGUGAUUGUCUCUCUGCGUUUAAACUCUGACGCCGACACAUUGAUAAAAAUUAAAUUUCCUCUGAACUCCCCUUUGAUUAAAGUUGUACUGGGUGUGUUUUUAUGUUGUAACAUGUCAGUGUUUCAGAGUGUGUGUUUGUGUUUAGAGACGCCGUCUGCUCCCCCCUUUGCUCGUCUGUUCACUCGCUCGCUUGCUGCAGAUUUUCUCAGUGACCUCUGAGCCAAGAGAAAGAAAACAGGGCUUCAAUAAUUAUUCACAUAUUAGCACAAAGCAGGCGGCACACACAAGGAUGCCCUUUAACAACCCACUGACUACACACAUGCACGCAACAUCACACACACACACACACACACACACACACACACACACACACACACACACACACACACACACACACACACACACACACACACACACACACACACACACAUGCUCACACACUCAUCCUCUUCCUCCUCUUCCUCCUCUUCCUCCUUCACCAACGUUCUUCGUCAUCUCUCCCUCAUCCUGCUUCUUUCUCUCUGACUGUGAUUAAUCCACAUUGUCUCCUCAAGGUUAUGGGCACACACACACACGCACACACACACACAGAAAUACACACAUUCAUACAUGGUUAUGCGUCUCUAUGACAACUGCUGCACCCAUACUGUCUCCUCAAAGCCAACAGAGCCAAUAACUUUGAGAGCCUAGAAGCUGCUAUACCUGUGUGUGUGUGUGUGUGUGUGUGUGUGUGUGUGUGUGUGUGUGUGUGUGUGUGUGUGUGUGUGAAAAGAAAAACACAAACAGACGGGGAUGAAUUAAUAAAUCACUCUUUUCUCUGUGUGUCGGCGUGCACAUGUGAUGAUUUCUCCUUUGAGCACAGCGACUCGGAGGUCACAUGACCGUGCGCGUGAGAGAGAGAGGACAUGCCAUUGGAUGUUGUGUGUUUGACUGAUGAGGUAAUAUGGCAGCGAGCGGAGGUAAUUGCUGUGGCGUGCGGGCCUCGGGGGGGUUUCACAGGUUGCAGAGCGAGGGCGUCGGUGUUGAAGGUGAGCGUGUUCCUCGCCUCAAACAAACAUCCUCUAAUCGGUGGCGUCUGUUUGAACAGGAGAUGCAGGUGGAGGAGCUGAGUGCCGUCAGACAGGCGCUGCAGGCUGACCUGGAGACAUCCAUCCGGCGCAUCGUGGACCUGCAGGCGGCGCUGGAGGAGGUGGAGUCGAGCGAUGAGAGCGACUCAGAGAGGUAAGUGUUUUCACGGAGGGAGGAGGUCAAAGGUCUUCAAAUGAUCGUGUUUGUAUCUGUAAAUUCACACUGUUCACCAUUUUGCUCUUCACUCCAGUGUUCAAACUGCUGUGGAGUCCCUGACUCGAAAGAAAGACCUGUGAGAGAACCAGGAAUGUGUGUGAGAGUGGGUCUGCGUAUGUUUGGUGUGACCCAGAAACAGAAAUAUUCUGACCCGGGACUGAUUUCUGUGUAUUCAGGGGUCCAAAUGGGCUUGACACUAACUUUUUUUCAACUUAGGAGCACAUGUGCCAUUAAGUUGAAAAGUAAGGAGCACACAAAGAACUUUAGGGUCACAUUAAUAAAGAGGCGUGUCCCAUUUUCUGACCUUAGUACUAUUAUAUAAAAUCAAUUUUAGGUCAAUUGGUCACGUGACAUGGAAGCGAUUGAAGGAAAACAGCCUUUUCUGAGAACAUCAACCGGUAAUUUAUCUAUGGUCCCUUAUUCGAUACCCGAUGUUGACAGCGAGGGUGCCGAGUAGAUUUAACCGCGCUGCUGUUGCUAUUCCCGGUUAUGGAGAGUGAGAAGACACCGGUAGAUCCACAGUGAAUGUCCGUCGAAUAUCAAACCUAAAACUAACCUGGCCGUGGUAUUUACAUGAAAGAAAAACAUUUGUUGCCUCGGCUGAUUUUUUUUAAGGCGCACAUGUGACACUAAAUAUAUUUUACAAUUUGCACACAUCUAUUUUUAGUCGCGAAUACAAGUUAAACAGUCACACUGUGGAGCCUUGUAACCUGAUUAAACUGUGAGUGGAUCAAACACAGACAUCACAGUCUGCUCACCAUCACAACCAUUUUACCUCCACAUGACAAACAUCUACGGAUAAGACACUGGCUUUGCUCAUCACGCUUUUAUUUUGACAUUUUUCUGUCUUGCCCUACAUUUGCGUUACAAAACCAUGCUUUUAUUUUGAAGUACAUGACUCCUGCAAGAUCUGCAGACACAGAACUGAAUGAAAACAGUCAAAAAAAGGUUUGAAAAUGUUUCAUUUAUUAGUAUUUCUAAUAUUUCUGGGCGAUUUUAGCUUUUAUUGACAGGACCGGGUAAAAUGUGGGGAGACAGAGAGAGAGGGGGGAGGACAUGCAGCACAUGGUCAGGGACGGACUCAAAACCACGACCGCUGUCACCAUAUACAGGGCAUGCAAAUGGCAGAGCGGACUAGCGCGCCACAUAAUCUCAGCAUGUUGUAAUCUUUAGUUUUUAAAAGUGUUGAAUCAUUUCUCGGAGGGAUGCCGCAGCUAGCACACUAACACCUGCUUCUUCUUCUUCUUCUUUUUCUUCAUCCCUCUUUUAUUAUGAUAUGUUUCUAAGGUUUCCAAAUUCUGACUUUGCAAAAAAAGUCACGACUACGCAGGGGCGGAGUUACACAAAUUUAGUUUUGAGAGUUUUUCGGGUCGGAUCGAGUGUCUUUUACGUGCUUUUAACUCAGUAAAUCCGCGUGACACAAACUCGAUGCACAAAACUGCAGACAUUUGAAGGAUUUUAUGAACUUCCCCAGCCAAAAGCUGGACAGCUCCCAAAAAAAGAGGACAUAUGGUUGGUCACCCAAUAUGUAGCAGCCAUCAUAACGGAUCAGGACUUUUAAAUAGAUGUUUGACUGGGAUUAGAUUGCAGACAUCGCAGCAUGUUUCACAGGAAUAAUCCAGGCCGUUCAUUCAUUUGGACCCCAGAAUAUGUCAAAAUCUGACCCUGGGUCAGUUUCUUCAUUGAAAAUAAAAUUUAAGUUUAUGAUCAACUCAACCUGAUGAAGGAUAAUUCCUGUCCACUUUUUAAUCUGAAACUUCAUUAAAAGAAGUCAAAAAAGAAUUAAGUCAAACCUGAAACUGGAAUUAUCCUUGAAGGUGUCUCUGGUGAAAAUGGCUAAAUGCACGGCUACUAACAGUCAAUGAGCCACUUAGUCCUUGAUUGCCCACCCCUGCUCUAUAGGAUAAGCCCCAAUUUCCACCGCAUCUGGAACGACAGCAAUUUUUGCCGUCCGCCAAUUCCUACUGGAUCCAUUUGUGAGGCGAAUUUCGUGGCAGAUUAUAGACAGCAGGAAUCAUGAGAACUCACAAAAACCCAUGGAUUCACGUGCAAUUAGCGCAAUAACGAGUUGUCUUUAGCCACAAAGGCUAACCAUAUAAGCAGUAGAUCGUGUCCUUCCAGAGGAGGAAAUCUACUUCUAGAUUUCUAGAAUCAUCAUCUCCUCAUCCAUGGUGUCAUCAGGGUUAAAUAACGUCUAAAAACCGUUAACUUGUUCGUCUCCGCCCAUUUGCACAAUGUGAAAUACGAUCUGCCUGAAACAGGAGUGUUUUAUUUUGAAAAGAAGCCGGAUGUUUUAUUUUGUGUCUGUGCCGGACUUCCUUUCCAGCACGGGUUAAUCUGUGCUGAAUUUAUCUGGCAUGCUCCGGCGUCCAAAAAGAACCUAACUCUCACGAUCAGCUGCAGAGUCCAGCGAUCAACAACGGAAAGGAAGGAAGCCGAUGGAAAUUGACACAUUAACUUGAAUGGUUACGAUCAGCUACAAUCGGUGGAUACGGCCUUUUUCGCAGCUGUUCUGGAUGCAGUGGAAAUUUGGGGUAAGAGUCCUGGACUGAUGCAAUCCUGACUUGUCCCCCAUUAAAGACUAUCUGAGGUUCAUACAUCCUGGUUUCUUAGAGUAGCUCUGAGUUCUAAAGUGUGUGUGCAGCUGCGCUCAGACCGAGUCCGCAUGCUUGUUGCAGUCAUGUGAUGGGAGGAAACGUCUCCGCUCUGACUGUUCCACUUUGUCCCGCAGUGACUCUGUGUCCAGUGUUGGUUCCAUUGGGACCGAGGAUGUCGGUGAGGGGAUCCGUCAUUGGUUAGGAGUCCCCAGAGGAGGGUCCAGAGGUGGAGGGUCUCCGUACGGAGGAAGUCAAGGAGGGCGUCAGUCUGUGGCCGACACUAUGAGCACGUACAGUUUCCGGUAAACAGCCAAUCAAAAAAGGACAAGCUGCUAACCUGUGUUUGUUUUUGUCCACAUGAUGAUUUGUGUCUUUGCUCUCUCCUCAGUUCCUGUAUGGACCCUGAUGAGGAGGGCUCUGAGGCUGGAGGGUCCAGAGGUCUGGGUCGAGCCCCAUCCUCGUCCGCUCUGUCUGAGCUGCUGGAUGGUCUUCGUAAACGCAGAGCGGGCGGAGACCCAGGAGACGGGGCAGGGAGCGCUGUCUCUCUGCCGAUUUAUCAAACAACGGCGGCCUCCACCCUCAGACGGAGAGCCUCCACCCUCUCUCUGGGACCAGAAGACCUCCAGGAACCCCGGCCCGGCCCCAGCAUCCUCAAACCCUCUUCCCCGCUCCUGCCCCGGGCUGCCAGCUCUCGCUCCGUCAGCGACACCCCCACAUCUGUAUCCACGUCAACAUCAGGAGCCAAACUCUCUCGCUUCAACUCCACCGAAUCAGUCUCCUCUCUCCCUUCGCUGCCCCGCCUCUCCUCUUUGGCGUCCUCCCUUGCUUCUCGCCAUCAUCCCCCCUCCCUCUCCAUCCCGGAGGAGGACCCAGAGGAACCUCACCGAUCUGUGGUGAGCCCCAUCCAACGCUCUCCUCAGCCUUUAAGGCGUUGUAUGCUGGGUAAUCUCAUCACAGAGGAUGGAGGUGAAGCGCCUCUGGGAUCAGAACCUCUCGUCUUCCAAAACCGCCGCCUUAAUGAGGACAAUGACGCCGCCUCUGACAUCCUGCCCGCCAUCCGCAGAGCUCAGUCCACCAGCAGCCUGGCCAGCUCGGUCCGCGGGGGCAGGAGGGCGCUGAGCGUCCACUUCGGAGACCUGCCGCCCUCCACCCGCAGCAAGAGGAGCUCUGAGACUGAGUCCUCCAGCUCAGGGGGGUCUGGGGGGAGUUCUCAGAGCGGAGGGGUGAGACGGCGGUACGAGCGGCCACAGGGCGAGAGACUGGAGGCCGAGGGAAGUGAAGGGGAAGACGUGGCUUCAGUCAUGAAGAAGUAUCUGAAGAAGGAGGUGGACUGAAGCGGCCGAGGUGGGGAGGUGAGACAACCAAGGUUUUAUUUUGACCAAAAUUCAGGAUUUAAAUCAGACCUGAAAUCCACUUUCAUCUAAAAUCUGGUCCACUUUGAAAACCUGCAGAGGGGGGUCUUCGUAAAACUCAAGUACAGGAAGAAAACACCUAAAGCAAACAAUCCGACCUCAGCUCAUUUAAAGAUCUGAUCUAAAUAAAAAUGUAAAUGAGACAACGAGGUGAGAUCUGAACUCUGACUCUGAUGUGGAGCUGUACUCCUGCUGCUGCUGCUGAGGUUUAUAUAUAUCUGUGUGUCUGUGGUCGAGCAUAAACGAUCUGUAGGAACAAUAAUAACAAUAAUUUCAUCUGUAAAGACGUUUUCAAGCAGCGACCACAAGGUCUUCCCAGAAAUAGCAGAGAAGAAAGAACAAAGAAAACAGGCAUGAGGGAAAAUUCAGAGAAGCUGUAAAACAAAGUCUGUAAAUUCAGGAGAAGUGACGUAGAAACGAUUGAAUAUCAAAGUUUCGCUAAAUUGCCGGUGUAAUCCCAACAAUUAAAGCCUGAUUUAAGGACAGACGUUAACUCUAACCUAGCCUGCUGAUGUUCACAUCUUCAUCAGGCUGUCUCAGUCCGCAAAAAACUUUAAGACAAACGUCUGAAAUGAAGGAAGAUGCUUUAAAUCGGCCCAUAAUUGUUUAUCUCUGAAGGAUCCAAAGGUUUCACAGCAGCAGAUUUACGAUCCAGAGCACUUCUUCCUGUAGACACCUAAACUUCAGUCUGUGAGCCUAGCACAGGUCAGGUAGGUAGGUGGAGGUUUGACCCCCAAUUUCCACUGCAUCCUGAACGGCUACGAAAAGGCCGUAUCCGCCGAUCGUAGCUGAUUGUAACCUUUCAAGUUAAUGGGCUCUAUUUUCGUGUACGCCAGUGAGGCGGCGGAGGGUGGCGGACCCCACGCAGUUGUAUUUUUGUCUGGCGGAGCCCGGCGUACAGCCAGUUUGGUAUUUUUGUGGACUGAGGCACACCGAGAUCCGCCAAGCUGGGCGUGGUGGCGUGGCAGGGGGAGGUGUCGACAGAAUCAGCGGGCGCAGUGACAUUUUCAUGCUCGCCACUGUCGUAUAAUGUGCGCUAAAAGCUUGCCGAUUCAAACCUGGUCAGCUUUCAGCGCAGGCGAAACACAGCUGGUCUAGUGGUAUUUUGGUAGACCGGCGGCAUAUCGACAUACGUCACCGAUGCCUCACCGGCAGGUUUCCACAGUGUCAGGCACAUUUCAGUGCAAUAAAUAAUCAUCAACAACUAAUAAUCUGAGUCAGCACAUACAUUUAGAUCUAUAUCGAUAUAUUCUGAUCUAUAUCUGAUCUGAUGAGCGCGUUUGGACACACAACCUGACCGAAUCAACACAGCUGAAACCAAAUUAAAUUAAAUUAAAUAUCUAGUAAAUAGACACACAUGAUGAAGUUAACUAGAUAUUUAAUUCGUCUCCCUCCUUUUCUUUCUUCCUCUUCCUCUUAUUUCUCGCAGCCGGACCUGGACAUGUCUUCGUGUCCUCUCCCCGUCCUGCUGCAGCAGCGGCUGAACAGAUGAUUUGUUUCAGUGCUCAGAUGAGUUAUUUACUUUAAGCCUACAUACGAAUAUAAUAAUAUUUAGUCUUGUGAGCCAAAUUUAUUUUAUAUGUCAACAUCUAUGAAAGAAAGAGCCAGGUCACGGAGCGCGAUGCGUCAUUUACGCACAGAUGGUUCCGAUUUUAAUGCCAUUAUUGCAAUUUAUGUUGUGCUCUGUGCGCUCAACCCACCUUUGUCACGUGAGGUUUGAAUAUAUGCAACUUUAUGUGAGUGUCUUUAUUUGUGUAAAAGGGUGUUUGUCUUACCAGUGGGUCCAACAUUACACACAGCAAAUGUGGAGGACGCCCAAUGCAGCGCUUACAGUGACACUUGUUGAGGAGCUGCCUUCUGUCGCCAUCUUGUGGCAUUACUGUCUUCAGACAUCUCUUGAUCUCUCUGACUACUUCACGAAAAUAGUAAUACGCCUCCCCGGUGGCGGAUUUAAAGGCGAGGAGAGGAGCUUAUGUGAUUGGUGAAAACAUGUCUCGGCUGUGUUAAACUCCCUCGCUAUGACUUACGCCGCUGGGAGGAGCUGAGUUAGGGAGGGGGGAUACUUACACCGGGCUACGCCGCUCACCAAAAUACCAAAUUGUGCUUGGGAACGCCUUGUUGGCGCGGCUGACCUGACUUAUGCUGCGCCUGCGGCACGUCUCCUGCAAGGCACGAAAAUAGAGCCCAGAGUGUCAGUUUCCACCGGUUUCUUUCCAUUCAGCUGUGGAUCGCCGGACUCCUCAGCUGAUCGCAAGAGUUCUAUUUUUUUCGGAUGCCAGAGCAAAUUCAGCACAGAUUAACCCGUGCUGGGAAGGAAGUCGGGCACAAACACAAAAUAAAACAUCCGUCUUCUUUUCAAAAUAAAACACUCAGUGUUUCAGUUGGAUCAUAUUUCUCACCAUGCAAACAGGUGGAGACGAACAAGUGAAAGGUUUUAAGAUGUCAUUUCACCCCGAUGACACCAUGGAGGAGGAGAUACUGAUUCUAAAAUUCUAAAAGUAGAUUUCUUCCUCUGGAAGGACACAAUCUACAUGGUUAGCCUAUGUGGCUAAGAGACAACUUGUUCUCGCGCUAUUGCAUGUGCAUCCGUGGGUUCUUGUGCUUUCUCGCAAUUCCAGCUGUCCGUAAUGCGCACGAAAUUCACCUCACAAACAGAUCUGUUAGGACUUGGCGGACGGCAAAAAUUGCAGCCGUUCUGGAUUGGACCUGUUCCAGACUACGUUUACACGGCUAUUUUCAUAAACGGACAUUUCACGUUUUCACGUUUACAAAAAAAAAAAAAACUGCGUGCACACCACUGUGUUUUUAGAAAAGUUUUUGUUUACACCAACCCAUGUAUAUAUGCCAUCAAGAGCAUGCAAAACCUGUAGGUGGCAGUGUGGCGAGAAGCUCAAGCCCACGUUAGCCAAUCAGAACCCCACAUAGCAGCAACAAUAACAACAACGUCACUUCCUUCUUUCUUGCGCACAAUCUGCCUUCAGCUACCCAAGUCUCCUUUCUUCUCUGUGUACAUGCAAACGUGCAAACGAAAUUUUCCAAAAUCUCCACUCUGGUCAGCGGUUUUAAAAAGCAUUGUUUUCAGAAGCGAGUUCUCUGUUUGCGUCAAAUGAAGGGUUAAUAGCUCUGUUUUUAAAAAUAACCGGGUACUUAUAAACAUGGGCAAAAGAAGCAGCACUCCCGACUGCAGUGAAAGUUCAGAACACUUUAAGAGAAACUGCCUGAAGUGCUGCACGCUCUUUUACAGUGUUUUUGAGUUUCACUGAAAAUACAUGCAGCUUCGACAAUGAUAAAGACUAAAAUAUUACAACAACUACAAACCAGAUGAGUGUGAAACCUAAAUGUUACCCUGAAGAUAAAUCCAGAACUUUUCUUCAUGACCUAUUACUUUAAAAAAACUAACAUCAGUCCCUCGAGCCUCUGCUGUACUUUAGCUCGGCACUAAUUAACAAAUGUUUGCUCUUAAUUGCUGCUUUGGGGAACUUAAUUUCAAUCGAUUGCUAUCAGAAGCAAGUGUGGAAAUUUUUCAUUAAAACCUGAAAGAAGCUUCAUUAAACUCCUCCUGUGGUUGUAAAACUGAGAGUUUUCCCCCCUGAUGAAAACGUGCUCUCCCUGCAGACAGCAGCUUCAACAUGAUUCUUGAGAGUCUCUGAAGGAAGGAGGUAUUUUUAGUGGCUGUUUCUCGCAGUGAUUUGGAGGUGUUUGAUAAAAACAGGCUAGGACCUGCACACCACUCUGCGCUCUGACCGUCCUGUCUUUGUUUUUUUCUUUUUUCCCCAUCAGCCUCUUUGAGCGUCCACGUCCAGCUGAGAGCUUCACACACAGGCAAGAGUCGGUAAAGAUGAUUCAGUGCUGCUCCAAAGUCCGCUGGAAAUCCAACACGAGCACUCAGUCAGCUGUGUUUGCAGAUUUAAACUGUUUGUACAUGAAUAAAAAACAUAAAAGAGA